UCCCAGCCUUGCCUCGGGUGUAGGGAUUGCAAGGGAAAAGCAAAACUACACGGCUAACACUCUGUGUAGUUUUGUUUUUUUGUUUCUUUUGAGGCUCAGCCGUUCUCACAUUUGGAUUUUCUGAAAUAUUUCUGGAUAAGGAGAUUUUGUCUGAAGAGAUAAAACUUCUGGGCUCAGUCCCAUUGAUUCUAGGCAUCCUUGUGAAUACAAGGUGCCUACCACCAUGUCAACACAGGCGCCAACAUUUACACAGCCGCUGCAAAGCGUUGUGGCACUUGAGGGUAGUGCUGCAACGUUUGAGGCUCAAGUUAGUGGUACUCCAGUUCCUGAGGUGAGCUGGUUUCGUGAUGGCCAGGUUCUUUCUGCUGCCGCUCUGCCCGGUGCACAGAUCUCGUUCAGCGAUGGCCGCGCUGUACUGACGAUCCCUGCCGUGACAGCCGCGCACAGUGGAAGAUUUUCUAUACGAGCCACCAAUGGCUCUGGACAAGCCACUAGCACUGCCGAACUACUUGUUACAGCGGAAACGGCGCCCCCCAACUUCAUUCAGAGACUACAGAGUAUGAUCGUGAGACAAGGAAGCCAAGUGAGACUGGAUGUUCGUGUAACAGGAAUCCCUACACCUGCGGUGAAGUUCUACAGGGAGGGAGCUGAAAUUCAGAGCUCCACUGACUUUCAGAUUGUUCAAGAAGGUGACCUCUACAGUUUACUGAUUGCUGAAGCCUUCCCUGAAGAUUCCGGAACGUACUCCGUUAAUGCCACAAACAGCAGUGGACGUGCUACAUCUACAGCUGAAUUGCUUGUUCAAGGUGAAGAAGAAGCCGUACCUGCCAAGAAGACAAAGACCAUUCUGUCAACUGCUCAAAUAUCCCGCCAGACACGGGUUGAGAAGAGGAUGAUGGAGGGCCAUUUUCAGGCCGCCACUAAAUCAUCAAUGGAAAUGCAUGUGGAAGGAGGUGCACAUGCUCACAUGUUGGCACACAGAACCCCCCCACGUGUGCCCCCAAAACCAACGUCCAGGUCCCCACCAUCUUUAGUUUCCAAAGUUGCAGCCACACGCCAUCAGUCACCCUCUCCUGUGAGGCACGUGAAGGCGCCAACUCCAACUCCUGUCAGGUCUGUAUCUCCUUCGCCCACAAGAUUGUCAGUGUCUCCUAUCAGACCUGUCAAGUCUCCAGUCAUGACCCGUAAGCAGAUAACCGUUGGCCCAGAUGUUGUCCCACCAUGGAAGCAGGAGGGAUAUACAGAGGCCAGUUUCACUCGUAUGAUGACCGCUAGUGGCGCACAAGUCCAGACCGCUGCAACUCAUGUAGUCACGGAGCAGCGUUGGGAAGGCUCUUAUGGGAUGCAGCAACAAAUGGCUGGAGGUGUAGGAGUGGCUAUGGCUGGUGCUGUUGGGAUGUCUAUGGCGGGAGCUGUUGGAGUGUCUAUGACUGGAGCUGUUGGAGUGUCUAUGGCUGGAGCUGUUGGAGCAUCUAUGGCAGGAGCUGCUGGAGCAUCUAUGGCUGGAGCUGUUGGAGUGUCUGCCAAAGAGGGUGAGGGUGGUAAAAAGGCAGAGGCAGUGGCCACAGUGCUAGCCGCUGUUGAUCAAGCACGAAUUCGAAUGCCUGUGCAUGAAGAGGGUGGUCAUGCUGAAGAGGGGUCCAUACAGCAUACCUUAGUACAGCAGUCUGUGACUGUACAGGCUCCAAAGCAACAAGUCACCACUGAGAUGGUCAAAAUUCGAAUGCCUGUGCAUGAAGAGGGUGGUCAUGCUGAAGAGCGGUCCAUACAGCAUGCCUUAGUACAGCAGACUGUGACUGUACAGGCUCCAAAGCAACAAGUCACCACUGAGAUGGUCAAAAUUCGAAUGCCUGUGCAUGAAGAGGGUGGUCAUGCUGAAGAGCGGUCCAUACAGCAUGCCUUAGUACAGCAGUCUGUGACUGUACAGGCUCCAAAGCAACAAGUCACCACUGAGAUGGUCAAAAUUCGAAUGCCUGUGCAUGAAGAGGGUGGUCAUGCUGAAGAGCGGUCCAUACAGCAUGCCUUAGUACAGCGGUCUGUGACUGUACAGGCUCAAAAGCAACAAGUCACCGCUGAGGGAGUGAAAACUGAGGCUGUGCAAAUGCCUACUAUCAAAAUUCCUUCCACUGAAAAGAGCGCCCAGUUUGCUCAGAUCGAAAGAAGUAAAGAAACCAUCACCCAUGUGGACACUGCGCUUGCACCUUCCCCUAUUCCACAUUUCACAGUUUCAAAAGUUACUGUUCCUAAACCUGACUAUAGCUAUGAGAUUGAAAGAAGUAAAGAAACCAUCACCCAUGUUGGCGCUGUGCUUGCGCCUUCCCCAAUUCCCCAGUUCACAGUUUCAAAAGUUACUGUUCCUAAACCUGACCACAGCGAUGAGGUUUCAAUAGCAGGUUCUGCUAUUGCUACACUGCAGAAAGAGUUAUCCUCUACCUCUGCUGGUCAAAAGAUCAUCAGGCCCGUCAAGCCUCCUACUCAUAAGAUUGUGGAGACAAGAGAAAUGCCUGAGCCGGUCUCAUCCCCCUUUAAAGACACCACUGAAAGAUAUCAGACAUAUUUUGGAACCCAGUUACAGAAAGAUAUAGGCACUUCUUUUACAGGGGGUAUGGAGCAGAAGUAUGAUCUAUGGGAGCAACAGGUCAUUCAAACGGGAGUCGUACCUUCUCCUGCAGAAGAAGCUGUGGUGCCACCCACCCUUGUGGCUGGCUUGAAGAAUAUGACUGUCAUUGAGGGAGAAUCUGUGACGCUGGAGUGCCAGAUAUCUGGUCACCCUGCUCCAGGCAUCAUGUGGUUCAGGGAGGACUACAGAAUCGAAAGCUCCAUUGACUUCCAGAUUACCUAUGAAAAUGGAUAUGCCCGUCUGGUAAUCCGUGAGGCUUUUGCUGAGGACAGUGGACGUUUCACCUGCACAGCCACCAGCGAAGCUGGAACUGUCAGCACCUCCUGCUACCUGCUUGUCCAAGUAUCUGAAGAUAUUGAGAGCAGAGAGGCAAUUACCACAACAGAUGUCUCUGAACAACUUCAAAUAACUGAGAAACACAUUGCCAUUGAAUCCAAAGGUGAAAUCAUAUCAGAAGUAAGUGGCAUCACAGAAACUGUGGACACCGGAGCAGAUGUGGCUCCCUUUUUCUUGAAGAAGCCCACUGUGCAGAAGCUAAUGGAAGGCGGGAGGGUUGUCUUCGAGUGCCAGGUUGGGGGCAGUCCCAAACCACAUAUAUACUGGAAGAAGGCAGGAGUGCCACUUACCACUGGAUAUAGGUACAAAGUGAUCUACAAAAAGGAAACUGGGGAGUGCAGACUGGAGAUCUCCAUGACCUUUGCUGAUGAUGCUGGAGAGUACUCAAUCAUUGCCAGGAAUAGGCUGGGAGAGGCCUCUGCCUCUAGUCACCUUCUAGAGGAAGAGGAAUAUGAAGCCUACAUGAAGAAAUAUGAGAUGACCAUUAUGACUGAAGUGACCACAGUGGUAGAGGAGCCAAAAGUGCCAGUCCCACCUGUGGUUGUGAGUGAAUAUGGGCAAGAGCAGAUCCGCACUACUCAGCAGAUAAAAAUGAUAAGGACCUUUGUCACAGAGCAGGAAUUCCAAAUCUCUGCUUUUGAGGAGAGGAUAAUCCGCGAGAUUGAGAUCCGUAUCCUUAAGAUAACAUAUCUAGAACUGGUGACUGAAGAUGGGGAAGAGAUGAUCGUGACUGAACAGGAGGCUGUGGAGCCAUCCUUCGACACUCCAGUGAAGAGCUACAGGAUCUUGGAAGGCAUGGGAGUCACCUUCCACUGUAAAGUGGCAGGAACCCCACUGCCCAAGAUUGCAUGGUACAAAGACGGCAAGCGCAUCAAGCAUGGUGGUCGAUACCAAAUGGAGGUUCUCCAGGAUGGAAGGGCCAGUUUGCGUCUGCCAGUGUUGCUGCCAGAGGAUGAAGGUGUCUACACUGCUUUGGCUUGUAACAUGAAGGCAAGUUCUGUCAGCUCAGGGAAGCUGUACGUGGAGCCAACUGCACCAGUCGGAGCUCAGCCCUACAUACCACAACCUGAAGCAGUCCAGAGAAUCCGUUCCACAUCGCCACGCUCCCUGAGCCGCUCUCCUGGACGUUCUCCUGGUCGCUCUCCUGGUCGCUCUCCGUCACGCAGACUGGACGAUACAGAUGAAGCCCAGCUGGAGAGACUGUAUAAGCCUGUAUUUGUCAUGAAGCCCUCUUCCUUCAAGUGUGCUGAGGGGCAGACUGCCAGAUUUGACCUGAAAGUAGUUGGUAGACCUAUGCCUGAAACCUUCUGGUUCCACAAUGGCCAGCAAGUUGUCAAUGACUACACUCACAAGAUAGUGGUAAAGGAAGACGGAACUCAGUCAAUGAUUGUGGUCCCAGCCAUGCCCGCUGACUCUGGGGAGUGGACUGUUGUGGCUCAGAACAGAGCUGGAAAGACUUCCAUUUCCAUGACUCUCACAGUAGAUGCUAAGGAAAACUUGGUGAGACCUCAGUUUAUUCAGAAACUGAAGAACAUUAGUGUCAAGGAAGGCACUCUGGUAGAGUUGGCCGUCAAAGCAAUUGGAAACCCACUUCCUGAUGUUGUCUGGCUGAAAAACAGUGACAUCAUCUCCCCACAGAAGUAUCCUAACAUCAGGAUUGAAGGGACCAAAGGCGAUGCAAAUUUAAAGAUUGCCUCAAGUGUUGGCUCGGAUAGUGCAUGGUACACAGCCACAGCCAUCAACAAGGCUGGACGAGACACGACUCGCUGCAGGGUCAACAUAGAAGUGGAGUCUGCUGAACCUGAGCCUGAGAGAAGGCUUGUCAUCCCCAAGGGAACCUACAAAGCCAAGGAAAUUGCAGCUCCAGAAUUGGAGCCCUUGCAUCUUCGUUAUGGUCAGGAACAGUGGGAAGAAGGGGACUUGUAUGACAAAGAGAAGCAGCAAAAGCCACACUUCAAGAAGAAGCUGACAUCAGUCAGGCUGAAGAAUUUUGGUCCUGUCCAUUUUGAAUGCAGGCUCACUCCUAUUGGUGACCCCACCAUGGUGGUGGAGUGGCUGCAUGAUGGAAAACCCCUUGCAGCAGCUAACAGGCUGCGAAUGAUCAAUGAGUUUGGCUACUGCAGUCUUGACUAUGAAGUGGCUUACAAUAGGGAUAGUGGUGUUAUCACCUGCAGAGCAACUAAUAAGUUUGGAGUUGAUCAGACCUCUGCUACUCUGAUUGUGAAGGAUGAGAAGAGCCUUGUGGAAGAGUCUCAACUACCAGAAGGUAGGAAGGGAAUGCAAAGGAUUGAAGAGAUGGAACGCAUUGCCCAUGAAGGAGCUCUGGCAGGAGUAACAACUGAUGAGAUAACUGAGAAGACUAAGCCCGAGAUUGUUCUUCUCCCUGAGCCGGCAACGGUAUUAGAAGGACAGACUGCCAGGUUCCGCUGCAGAGUGACUGGAUACCCUGCGCCCAAGGUGAACUGGUACCUCAAUGGACAACUCAUCAGGAAGAGCAAGAGGUUCAGGCUCCGUUAUGAUGGUAUUUACUACCUUGAGAUUACUGAUUGCAAAUCUUAUGAUACAGGAGAUGUAAAGGUUAUGGCAGAAAGCCCUCAAGGUGUGGCUGAACACUCUGUGAAACUGGAGGUACAGCAGAGGGAAGACUUCAGGUCCGUCCUACGCCGUGCACCUGAGCCUAAGGCUUCAGAAUCUGGUGCUGAGCAUGGAAGGGUUCCCUUUGAGGUUGUCAAGGUUGAGAAACCCUCAGAGGCUGCUCAGGCCAAAGAAAUUGUAAAACUGAGAAAGACAGAGAGAGUCAUCCAUGAGAAACCGACAGAGGAGACGGAGGAGCUGAGGAGCAAAUUCAAACGUAGGAAAGAAGAAGGCUAUUAUGAAGCCAUCACUGCUGUUGAGCUGAAGUCUCGUAGGAAGGAUGAAUCCUAUGAGGAUAUGCUGAGGAAAAGGAAAGAGGAACUUCUUCAUUGGACCAAAAAGUUGUCUGAGGAGGAAAAGAAGAAAGAAGAGGAAAGAGGCAAAGUGACCAUUCCCAUCAUCAAACCUGAAAGACUCGAGCUCUCUCCUAGUAUGGAAGCUCCAAAGAUUCUGGAACGCAUACAGAGCCAAACGGUUUCCCUUGCCGAAGAGGUCCACUUUAGAGUUAGAGUGGUUGGAAAACCCGAUCCAGAGUGUCAGUGGUUCAAGAACGGAGUCCUGCUGGAGAAGUCAGACCGUAUUUACUGGUUCUGGCCUGAAGACAAUGUAUGUGAAUUAGUGAUUAGAGAUGUUUCAGCAGAAGAUUCUGCUAGCAUUAUGGUCAAGGCUGUCAACAUUGCGGGAGAGACUUCAAGUCAUGCUUUCUUGCUUGUACAAGCCAAGCAAGUUGUUACAUUUACCCAAGAACUGGAAGAUGUCCAUGCCAAAGAGAAAGAUACAAUGACAACAUUUGAGUGUGAAACUAGUGAGCCAUUUGUCAAAGUGAAAUGGAUGAAGAACAACAUGGAAAUUUUCUCUGGAGACAAAUAUCGGAUGCACUCUGACAGAAAGGUGCAUUUCCUUUCUGUGUUGGUCAUUGACAUGGGAGAUGUUGCAGAGUACAGUUGUGUUGUAGUUGAAGACGACCACAUCAGAACCUCUGCCAGAUUAAUUGUUGAGGGUGCCCCACUGGAAAUGGAAAAGAACCUGGAGAACAUAGAAGUACCCGAGACCUACUCUGGGGAAUUUGAAUGUGUUGUGUCUCGUGAGGAUGUUGACGGUACUUGGUACUUUGAGGAUAAGGAAAUUCCCCUCAGCAGCAAAUAUGUUAUGUCCUCUCGCCGUGGACGCCACACACUCACCAUCAAGGAUGUCAAAAAGGAGGACCAGGGAAAAUAUACAUGUAUUGUUGGUGAACUGAAGACAACUGCCUCCUUAGUUAUGAAACUACGCCCAGUGACAUUGCUGCAAGGACUCAGUGACCUGACAGUCUGUGAAGGGGACAUCGCUCAACUGGAAGUCAAAUUCUCUCAGGAGAAUGUUGAGGGCUCCUGGAUGAAGAAUGGACAAGCUAUCUCAGCCACUGACCGCGUCCACGUUGUGAUUGACAAGCUCAUUCACAAGCUACUCAUUGAAAAUGCUAACAGGGAUGAUGCUGGAAUGUAUUCUUUUGUUGUUCCUGCUCAGAACAUAUCCACGUCUGGGAAGCUAGCUGUUCAAAGUAUUGGCAUCAUAAUUCCACUAAAGGACGUGUCUUCAAUGGAGGGCACCAAAACCGUACUGGAGGCCAAAAUCUCUGCUGCUGACAUUAGCUCAGUAAAAUGGUAUCACAAUGACAAGUUGGUGGUGCCCAGUGAAAGAGUCCAGCUGAUCACUAAAGGAUCAAAACAACGUCUGGUCUUCAGCAGGACCUUUGCUUCAGACCAGGGGCAGUACAAACUGGUUGUUGGCAGAGCUGAUUCCAGCUGCCAACUGACCGUUGAAAAAAUUCACAUUGUGAAGCAUAUGGAAGACCAGGUUUGUACUGAAACCCAGAACGUCACCUUUACGGUUGAGCUGUCCCACCCUGGUAUUGAUGUUCUCUGGACCCUUAAGAAUCAGCAUCUGAAAGCUGGUCCUAAGUACAAGAUUGAGGCAAAAGGCAAACGCUAUACCCUGACUGUCAUUGAUACCAUGAAGGAUGAGGAGGGACAAUACACAUUUGCUGCUGGAGAACAGACAUCCAGUGCUAAACUUACUGUAUCAGGUGGUGCCAUUAACAGACCUCUCCAGGAUGUGACUGUAGCAGAAUCCCAGACUGCAGAGUUUGAGUGUGAAGUGGCCAAUCCAAAAACUGAGGGGAAAUGGCUAAAGGAUGGCCGCCAUGUGGAUUUUGGUGACAACAUCAGGAGUGAGAAAGAUGGGGCAGUACGGCGCCUGGUAAUUGUUAUCACCAGACCUCAAGACGUCGGUGAAUACACAUACCAGGUGGCCAACUCCAAGACUACAGCCAACCUGAGAGUUGAAGCUGUGAAGGUGCGCAAGACACUUAAGAAUCAGACAGUCACUGAGACCCAGGAAGCAGAGUUCAGUCUCGAGCUGACCCACAAGAAUGUGAAAGGGUUCCAGUGGACCAAGAAUGGUAUUGAAAUCCUGACCAAUGAAAAGUAUGAAAUAAUAGUAGAUGGCAUGGUCCACACCCUGAAGAUCAAGAACUGUAACACACAGGAUGAGUCUGUCUAUGGAUUCAAACUGGGAAAACUGUCUGCUAAUGCCCGACUUAAUGUUGAGACAAUUAAGAUUGUGAAGAAACCAAAGGAUGUGACCUCCCUUUUGGAUUCCACUGCAUCUUUUGACCUGAGCUUGUCCCAUGACAACAUCCCAGUGACGUGGCUGUUCAAUAAUGUUGAGUUGAAGCCCAGUGAGAACUGCAAGAUACUGUCAGAAAGGAAGGCUCACAAGCUAAUCAUCCAGAAUGUGGACACCCACCAUGCUGGAGAAUACACAGCUGUUGUCGGACAUUUGCAGUGCAGUGCAUCACUAUAUGUUGAAGCCUUGCGUGUCACAAAAACAAUGAAGAGCAUUGAAGUCCCAGAGACCCAGGUUGCGACCUUUGAAUGUGAGGUCUCUCACUUCAAUGUCCCAUCCACCUGGCUAAAGAAUGGAGUGGAGAUCGAGAUGAGUGAGAAGUUCAGGAUCGUGGUACAGGGCAAGCUCCACCAGCUCAAGAUAAUGAAUACCAGCAGAGAUGACUCUGCUGAAUACACCUUUGUAUGUGGAAAUGAUAGAGUUUCUGCCACACUGACAGUCAACUCCAUUUUAAUCACAUCAAUGCUUGAAGACCUUAAAGCUCAAGAGAAAGACACCAUCACUUUUGAGGUGAAUGUAAACUAUGAAGGAAUAACCUACAAGUGGCUGAAGAAUGGUGUGGAGAUCCGGUCAUCAGAAAAAUGCCAGACUCGCACCAAACAACUCACUCACUCACUGACCAUCAGGAACGUACACUUUGGGGAUGGUGGGGAGUACUCCUUUGUGGCUGGGUCUGCAAAAACAUCUGCCAACCUUUACAUUGAAGCACGUGUUAUUGAAUUCAGAAAGCACAUCAAAGAUAUAAAAGUUACUGAGAAGAAAAGGGCAGUUUUUGAAUGUGAAGUCUCUGAGCCAAACAUACAUGUGAUGUGGAUGAAAGAUGGACAAGAGCUGGAAAUGUCUGAUAGAUACAAAACUACAGCUGAGAAAUAUGUGCAUCGCCUGAUGAUCCAAACUGUUCGCAUGUCUGAUGCUGGAGAGUACUCUGUGGUUGCUGGUUCAAGCAUUUCCAAGGCCCAUCUCACUGUAGAGGGCCGGGACGUCAGGAUUACUGAACUCAGGGAGAAGGAAAUAACUGUUCUUGAGAAGCAGAGAGCUACAUUUGAAUUUGAAGUAAAUGAAGAUGACGUUGAAGCUCGUUGGAUGAGAAAUGGAGUCGAGAUUCAAUUAACAGAUGAGAAAAGGUUCAGCUAUGCAGCUAUCAGAAAGGUCCAUCGCUUGACCAUCACGGAGACUUACCGCAGUGAUGCUGGGAAGUACACAUUUAUUGCUGGCAGGAACAGGAGUGAAGUUACUCUGCACGUCCAAAUUCCGGAGCCUCCCCAGAUCAUCAAGCAAAUCCAGCCCCUAUCUGUGGAGGCUGGCAAGCCUGCCCGUUUCUCUGUGGAAGUAAAAGGCAUCCCUGCGCCACAAGUUUUCUGGUACAAGGACUCCCAGGCACUGUCCCCAGGAUUCAAAUGUAAAUUCCUACAUCAUGGGGAUGUACACACACUGAUGCUCAUUGAGGUCUUCCCAGAGGAUGCAGCUAUCUACAACUGUGAAGCUAAGAAUGAUUAUGGCAUAGCUACAAGCUCUGCUUCUCUAACUGUGGAAGUUCCAGAGGUUAUUUCCCCUGACACGGGAGCCCCAUUGUCUCCUCCUGUUAUCGUUUCUCCAAUUCAUAACACCUCUGCUAGAGAGGGAGAAUCUGCUCGAUUCCAGUGCCGCGUAUCUGGAGAAGAUCUCAAAAUCACCUGGUACUGCAGAGACAAGGAGAUCAAGCAGUCAGACGUUUACAGGAUGUCUCAGUUUGAUGAUAACUGCCAGCUGGAAAUUAUCAGAGUUUACCCAGGGGAUGGGGGGGAGUAUACUUGUGUUGCUAGAAAUACAGCUGGAAUGGUCUCUUGCUCAGCUGUUCUGACGCUUGAGGGGCAUAGACAAAUUGAAGACAGUACACCCAAGGCUCAAUGGCAUGUCUCAACAAGUCUGUCUACAAGUGUAACGAGUGUAAAGAAGGAGUCAAUUGGCCAAAGACCCACUUUCAUUCAGCCUAUUGCAAGCUGCACGGUGCUUCAUGGAGAAGUUGCCAGAUUCCAUGCUCGCGUGUCUGGCAUGCCAAAGCCAGAGAUCAGCUGGUUUCACAAUCGGCAGCUUGUAAAGCCAACAAAAAAUGUUGUCUUUCAUUUCGAUGAGAUGACAACGAUUGCCACGCUAAUCAUAGUUGAUGCUUUCUCUGAGCAUGCUGGACAAUAUACUUGCAAAGCGACCAAUAAUGCUGGAGAGGCAGAUUGCACGGCUACCCUUGCUGUAAUCAAAGAAGGAGUGAAAAUGCAGGAAGCCAGAAUAGAGGGGGAAGUCAAAGCACCACCUGUUUUUAGGCAAAAAAUCCAGCCCCUGGAUAUUAAUCUUGGGAGCCAUGGCAAGUUUGAGUGUGAGAUUGAAGAUGCACCCAACGUGAAGUUCAAGUGGUACAAGUCUGGCACUGAGAUGAGAGAGAGUGACAAAUGCCGGAUCAUAAGUCGAUACAACACCUCUUCGAUGGAGCUUCUGAACCCAACCAAAGCUGACAGUGGUCAAUAUACCUGCAAAGCUACAAAUCAACAUGGCAGUGACAGUUGUUCAGCUUCCCUCACGGUGACUGAGCUUUUCCCACCAGUCUUUGUUACUAAGCCUGAUCCAAUGACUUUAUAUGUGGGCAAACAAGCAAGACUUCAGUGUGUAGUUUCCGGCUCCUCCCCAAUGAAUUUUGUGUGGCAAAAAGGCAACAUUUCAAUUUCUGCAGACGCAAACUACAAAAUCACGACUGAAAGGAACAGACACACUCUUGAUAUUGUGAAACUUAGCCUCAAUGAUCAGGGUGUGUAUAGCUGCCGAGCAUCAAACAGUGUUGGAACUGACCUGUGUAGCACAGAACUGAGGGUGAUUGAUAAGCCCAAUUUUGUCAAAACCUUUGAAACGGUAUCAGUAGCUGUGGGAAACCCACUACGACUUGAAUGUCAAGUGGAUGAAGACACUGGUGUAGCUAUUACCUGGACCAGAGAUGGCAAGAAAAUGCAUAACACAAUGGAUCACAAACUUUCUUUUGAAGACAAACUUGCCAUUCUUGAAAUUACACAUUCAAAUCUUAAAGACACUGGGAAAUAUGUUUGCACUGCUACAAAUGAUGCUGGAAGUAGUAGUUGUUCUUCAGUGGUAUCAGUACAAGAGCCCCCAACUUUUGUUAAGAGACUGGAACCAAAGAUCCUCUGGAAACAUGGUGUGACAGCACGUCUGCAGUGUACAGUUAAAGGCUCACCUGAGCUUCACAUCACCUGGUUUAUGAAUGACCGUGAACUGAUGACUGGAGAGAAGCACAAAAUCACCUUAAAAGAUGGCCAAGCAGUUUUGGAGAUAAUUGGUGCUUCUGUGGCUGACAGUGGAAAUUACACUUGUGAAGUGUUAAAUGAAGCUGGGUGUGAAAGCUGCAGUACUCUGUUAACAAUAAAAGAACCCCCUUCCUUCAGAAGGGAAUUGAAAUUGGUUGAAGUAGUAAGAGGAACAAGUGCCAAACUUGAAUGUGAAGUUUCUGGAACACCUCCAUUUGAUGUCCACUGGUUUAAAAAUAAGAAAGCAAUUUCCACUGAUAGAAAGUUUACGAUCACUGCCCAAGAUGCCAUUGCCUGUUUGGAGAUCAGUUCAUUUGAAAGUACUGAUGUUGGGGACUAUCAGUGUUCUGUAUCAAAUGAUGUAGGCAAAGUCUCCUGCACAUCAUUAGCUAAAUUGAAAGAGCCUCCAUUUUUCUCAAAGAAGAUUGAAAACAUUUCAGCAGUUUUGGGAAGUACAGUUAGGCUGCAGGGCACUCUUAAAGGAUCAGCCCCUAUCAAAGUCAAGUGGAUGAAGGAUUCUGAAAUGCUGAGGGAUGAUGAUCCAAAUGUAACAAUGGAAUUUGAGAAUAAUAUUGCUGUUCUAACAAUAACAACGGUCAAUAUCAUCCAUAGUGGUAAAUACACUUGUCAGGCUGAAAAUGAAGCUGGGAAACAGAAAUGUGAAGCCGCUUUAUCAGUUCAAGAACCAGCUAGAAUAAUAGAAAAGACAUCAUCCAUCAGUGUGACUGCAGGGGAUGCAGCAUCCUUAGAGUGCACAGUCGCAGGAAGCCCGGAGCUUAAAGUGAAAUGGUUCCGAGAUGGAAAGGAGAUUACAGACACCCGGAAAUAUAAAAUUACCUUUAAGAAUAAUGUGGCCAUCUUAAAAAUUCUUGCAGCAGAAAAGAGAGACGAAUGUGAAUAUAUGGUGGAAGUGGCUAAUCGUGUUGGAAAAGACCAGUGUUCUUGUUCUGUCACUCUGCUAGAUCGAAUCGUAGCACCAUCAUUCACAAAACCUCUUAAAAAAGUUGAUGGAAAUGUUGGUUCCAACAUCAGUAUGGAAUGCAGAGUCACUGGGUCUCAGCCUGUGACUGUUUCUUGGUACAAAGAUGAUACAGAAGUCACCGCUGGUGCAAAAUAUAAAAUGGAAUUCACGGAAAGCACAGCAUCUUUGGGAAUUACUCAUUUAGAAAAGUCUGAUGCUGGAACAUAUACCUGUCGUGCAAAAAAUGCAGCAGGAAGUGGAGAGACCACUGGAACUCUGUCUGUAAAAGAGCCUCCAAACUUCACAGUGAAGCCAGACUCUCAAAAUGUCAUACCAGGAUCAAAAGUGACUUUAAAGUGUGCUUUCACUGGUACAGCCCCAUUUACCAUUAAGUGGUUCAAAGGGGACAGGGAAAUAUCCACUGGAGGAACAUGUUUUAUCAAAAAAGAUGCAUCCUCAAGUUUGUUGGAACUUAAUUCAGUAAAACCGAAAGAUUCAGAUAAUUACACUUGCCAAGUUGCCAAUGAUGCUGGGAAGGUGACUUGUGCUGCUGUCUUGUUUGUAAAAGAACCUCCGACGUUUGUGAAGAAGCUUGAGUCUUCAAAACUUUCACAGAAGGGAAGUCCUCUGUUUUUGGAAUGCAAUAUAGCUGGCAGUCCUACAAUCAAAAUUAAGUGGUUCAAGAAUGAGACUGAAAUUAAGUCUGGCGAUAAGUACAAAAUGGACUUCAUAGACUCUGUAGCUAAUUUGCAGAUUUCAGCCAGUGAUCUUGAUGAUAGUGGGGAAUACAUUUGUGAGGCAUCAAGUGAAGCUGGUAUUGACCGGUGCAAAAGUGUGGUUUCAAUCAAAGAGCCACCAAUCUUUACGAAAGUUCUUGAAUCCAAGGAAGUUGUCAAAGGAUCUGAUUUUGUGUUGGAGGGGAAUAUUUCAGGCUCGCCUCAAUUUGAAAUUUCAUGGUUUAUGGAUUCUAAGCCAAUCAGAAAUGACAGAAAACACCAGAUGAGUUUUCAGAAUGAUACUGUUUACCUCAAGAUUCUGAAAUGUGAAGCAGGAGAUAUUGGAAAAUACCAAUGCAUUGUUGAAAAUGAAGUGGGGAAAUGUUCCUGUGAUUGUGAAGUGACUUUGAAAGAACCACCAUCCUUUGUGCAGAAGAUGGAGAAUGCAACUUGUCUUGUUGGCAAGGAAAUUACAAUGCUUUGCGUACUAAAGGGAUCACUUCCAAUUACUUUGUCAUGGAUAAAAGAUGAUUAUGAGGUUAAAGAUGAUGAAAAUGUCACAAUGUCCUAUGAGGACAGAACUGCAAGACUGCAUAUAACAAACAUUCAGAUAAAACAUAGUGGAAAAUAUACUUGUCAGGCGAAGAAUGAAGCUGGUAGUCAGAAAUGCUCUGCUUCAUUGGAAGUUAAAGAACCUGCAAACAUUACUGAAAAAGCAAAGUCAAUGAGUGUUACUGCUGGGGAUCCUGCCACACUGGAAUGCAGGUUCUCAGGAACCAAAGUCUUGAAAGCAAAGUGGCUGAAAGAUGGAAAGGAGCUGAUAUCAGGCCCAAAAUAUAAAGUGCAAAGCACCAACAAGAGCUCCACCUUAAAGAUUCUAGCUACAGCAAAGAACGACAGUGGAGAAUACUCUUUUGAGAUCUCCAAUGAUGUUGGUAGCAGCACAUGUGAAGCUGUUAUUACUGUCCUAGACCAAAUAAUCAAACCGACUUUCACAAGAAAAUUGAAGCCGAUGGACAGCAUCAAAGGAUCAUUUGCCCACCUAGAAUGUCUUAUUUCUGGCUCCUUGCCCAUAACGGUGCGCUGGUACAAAGAUGAUAAGGAGAUAGUGGCAGACGAAAAGCACAAAUGCUCAUUUUUUGAAAACACAGCAUUUUUGGAAAUCACCAAUCUUUCUAGUUCGGACAGUGGCAGCUAUACCUGCAUUGCUGAAAACAAAGCAGGAAGUGACCAGUGCUCUGGUCCAUUAAUUGUGAAAGAACCACCAACAAUAUUAGAAAGGCCAGAAUCAAUGGAUGUCUUGCCUGGAUCAAGGGUGCAAUUAAGUGUACUUUUAGGUGGCACUCCACCCCUGAAUAUCAAGUGGUUUAAAGACAACAAGGAGAUUGUAUCCAGCUCUGACUGCUUAGUUCAGAAGGAUAACAUUUCAAGUUCACUGGAGCUGUUUUUUGCCAAGGCCUCAGACUCUGGAGAUUACUCCUGUGAGAUCAAGAAUGAUGUUGGCUCUGAUGCCUGCAAAGCAACACUAUUUGUGAAAGAACCUCCAAAAUUCAUUCGGAAACCUGAGAAAGUAGCAGUGGUGAAACCAGGACAAAAUAAGAAAUUUGAAUGCCAGGUUGUUGGAACUCCUGAAAUUUACAUCUAUUGGUUCAGAGAUGGAAAUGAAAUCAGUCCCAGUGACAAAUAUAAGAUUUCCUUUGUUAAUGCCAUGGCAAGCUUGGAAAUACUUGGUGCCGAUACAAAAGAUACCGGAGUGUAUUACUGUGAGGCACGCAAUGAUGCUGGUAGUGAGAGCUGCAGCAUGGAAUUGAAAGUGAAAGAGCCCCCAGCCUUUGUAAAAGAAUUGACACCGCUUGAAGUUGUGAAUGGUUCUGAUGCACUGUUUGAAUGCCAAGUUACUGGUACUGCUCCAUUUGAAAUAACUUGGCUGAAGGAUGCAAAGGAAAUCAAGUCAAGUAAAAAACACACAGUUUCAUGGAAUAAUGAUAUUUUAAGCCUGCAAAUAUUGAAAUGUGAGGAUUUAGAUGUUGGUGAAUACCAAUGCACUGUUGCAAAUGAGGUUGGAAGUUGCUUUUGCAGGACUAUGCUCCGUAUGAAAGAGCCACCAUCAUUUGUAAAGAAGAUCCAAAAUGUGGCCACUGUGUUAGGAAAAGCAGCUGAAUUUCAGUGUGUUGUGAAGGGGUCAGCACCCCUUACUGUUCAGUGGCAGAAAGAUGAAGAAUGGAUCCAAGAGGAUGCCAAAAUUGAAAGGACUUUUGAUGGCAAUGUGGCAUCUUUGAGAAUUACAUUCACUGAGGCCUGUCACACUGGUAGAUAUACUUGUCAGGUCAUGAAUGAGGCUGGACAGGAGAGGAGCUUUGCAAAUCUGCUGGUGCAAGAGCCACCUCAAAUUAUUGAGAAGUCUGAAACAGUAAAUGUGACUGCUGGUGAUCCAGUCAGUAUGGAGUGCAAGGUGUCAGGCACUCCUGAACUCAAAGUCAAGUGGAAAAGAAAUGGAAAGGAGCUUGUGUCCAGCAGACAGCACAAACUCAGUUUUGUGAAUUCUUUGAGUAGUCUUAAGAUUCAGUCUGCACAAUCGAAUGAUGGUGGGGACUAUACUUUUGAGGUUACCAAUGAUAUUGGAGCCUCCAGUUGCAGGAUUACAUUAGUUGUAGUAGAACAAAUUAUUGCUCCAUCUUUCCUCAAACCAUUGGUUGAAAUGCGGGAGGUUUUGGGAUCUUUUGUAAGACUUGAAAGCAAAGUUUCUGGUUCUCUUCCAAUGUCUGUGGAAUGGAAGAAAGAUGGAAAUGUCCUUACUGGCAGAAUAAAGCCUAAGCUUAUACAAGAAGACAACUCCAUAUCAUUGGAGAUUGAGCAUUUGGAAAAAACAGAUGCUGGGACAUACACUUGUAAACUGUCAAACAAAGCAGGAAGUUGUGAGUGCAGUGCAGCACUGAUGGUGAAAGAGCCACCAAGCUUUGUGUCGGAACCAGAAUCCCAGGCUGUUCUCCCCAAUUCAACUGCACGUUUUAAGUGCACUUUGAAAGGAACACCACCUUUUAUUGUGAAGUGGUUCAAAGAAGAUACAGAAUUGUUAACUGGACCAUCAUGUUUUACUGGAAUGGAAGGAUCAUCAUGCUUUUUAGAUCUUUAUUCUUGUGGAACUUCUCAAACUGGAAUUUAUUUUUGCCAAGUUAGCAAUGAUGCUGGUACUGCAAGAUGCACUGCCAAUUUAUUGGUGAAAGAACCUCCUGAAUUUGUGCUGAAGCUGCCAACCACAAAGUUUGUGAAGCAGUUUGAGCUGCUACGUUUUGAGUGCAAAGUAACUGGAACACCCCCGCUUCAAAUGGCUUGGUACAAAAAUGACAAUAGGCUCACAGAAGGUGACAACUACAGGAUGUCAUUUGUGGACUCACUGGCAGUCCUUGAUGUUCACUCCACAAGAUUUGAAGACAGUGGUGUCUACACCUGUGAAGCUCAAAAUGAUGCCGGGAGUAUCAGCUGUAGUACCACACUAGCAGUCAAAGAACCACCAUCUUUCAUCAAAGCACCUAAGACUGUGGAGGGACUGAGAGGCAAGGAUAUCAGUAUAAAUUGUGAAUUAUCUGGUACCCCACCCUUUGAGAUAACUUGGUACAAAGACAAAAAGCCUCUGAAGGAAAGCAGAAAAUACAAGUUGGUGCAGGAGGGUGGCUCUGCUACUCUUCAUAUUCUCAGUUUGGAUGCCUCUGAUCCUGGUGAAUACCAGUGCAAAGCAUCAAACCAAGUAGGAAGGGAUACAUGUUCUAGCACAGUUAAACUCAGAGAGCCACCCGCCUUUGUGCAGAGACUGUCCAACUUGACAGCGAUUUCUGGUGAAGAAGUAACUUUGACUGCCACUGUCAAAGGCUCCCAACCAAUUUCUGUUUCUUGGGUGCAAGACAAAGAUCAUAUCCUCAGAGAUGGUGAUAACCGAAAGAUUGCCUUUGAGAACAACCAGGUCACUUUGAGAAUCUUUAAAGCUGAUGCAACAUCCCCUGGCAAAUACACCUGCCAACUUAAAAAUGAUGCUGGAGUGGUGGAGUCCAUUGCUAAUUUAACUGUCCUAGAGCCUGCUUCGAUUGUGGAUAGACCAGAGUCUUUCAGUGUCACUGCAGGUGAUACUGCUGCAUUUGAAUGCACAGUAGCUGGUACACCAGAGCUGACCCCAAAAUGGUUCAAAGAUGGUGUAACAUUAUCUUCUGGCCGAAAGUACAACAUUACUUUCUCUAAAAUGGUUUCCAGCCUAAAGGUUCUGUCAGCAGAGAAAGGUGACACUGGAGAGUACACUUUUGAGAUUAUGAAUGAGGUUGGCAAAGACACCUGCAAAAUGAACCUCACUGUACAAGAUAAAAUCAUACCUCCCACGUUUACACGGAAAUUGAAGGAUAUUCAAGCAAUUGUGGGUAAACCUGUUGAGAUGGAUUGCAAAGUGUCAGGGUCCCCUCCUUUCACUAUCUCUUGGUAUCAUGAUGGACAAGAGAUCAGAAGUGGGCCAAACCAUGAAAUUUCAUUUACUGACAACACCUGCACCUUGAAAAUACCCACUCUUAAGCUAACAGACUCUGGGAUAUACAAAUGCAAAGCUGUAAAUCAGGCUGGGGGCAAUGAGACUAGUGCUUCUUUGAUGGUGAAAGAACCCCCAUCUUUCAUCACACAACCGCAACCUGUGGAAGCUCUACCUGGUACAAAUGUUGUUUUUUCUGCAACGGUGAAGGGAAGUGCACCUCUGAAGCUGAAAUGGUUCAGAGGCAGUACAGAAAUUAUCUCUGGACGGGGCUGUGAAAUUUCUUUACGGGGUAGUACUGCAUCUCUGGAACUGUACAAUAUUGACAAAUCUCAUGCUGGAGAAUACACCUGCCAGAUCAUUAAUGAUGCUGGAAAGGAAAAUUGCCCUGUCAACCUGUUUGUGAAAGAACCAGCACACUUUGUGAAGAAACUGAGAGACUAUGCUGUUGAAAAAGGAAAAUUAUUGUUGCUUGAAUGCACAUAUUCUGGAAGUCCAGAAAUACUGGUGAAGUGGCUCAAGGAUGGCCAUGAGCUCUUUUCUUCUUAUAAAUACAAUAUCACAACCACAGAGAAUUCCUGCAUAUUGGAGUGUCUUAACAGUGACAAAGAUGAUUGCGGGCAAUACUCUUGUGAAGUUUCAAAUGCAGCUGGAAGUGAUACCUGUCUUGCUCAAGUCUCCAUUUUAGAACCACCAUACUUUAUUGAAGGCUUGGAACAAAUGGAAGUGACAGCAGGGGAUGCAAUUUGUCUGAAAUGUCAAGUAGGGGGCACUCCAGAAAUAAAGGUGUCUUGGUUUAAGGCAGAUGGUAAAAUGCGAUCAAGUGGUACAUGCAGAAUGGAAUACAGCAGAGGCAUAGCCUGUUUAAAAUUAAGCAAAGUUAGCAAAACUGAUGCUUCUGAAUACACAUGUAAAGCUGAGAACAGCAUUGGAUCAGCCUCCACAAGCUGUCGCAUAAUGGUGCAAGAUGCAAAAACGCCACCAUCUUUCACAAAGAAAAUAACAAGUCUCCAGCAAACCAAAGGACAACCUGUUGUAUUUGAGUGCCGUGUUGCUGGGUCCUCACCUGUGGAAGUUUCUUGGCUUAAAGAUGGUGAAAGUCUGAAACAUGAUAAUGAAUAUUCAAUGUCUUUUGAUGACAACUCUGCUGUUCUAAAAAUUUUGAGAGGUGAAACAAGACACUCUGGGGAAUAUACUUGUGUAGCUACCAACAGUGUUGGAACAGCUUCAUGUCGAGCCAGGCUCACACUUCAAGAGCCAAAAUAUCCUCCUGUUUUUGAUAAAAAGCUGUUACCCAUGGAGGUUUCAGUUGGUGACAGUGUAGAACUUGAAUGCCACAUGACUGGAACUGUGCCGAUAAAAGUUACAUGGUCAAAAGAUCACAAGGAUAUUCGCUCAGCAGGAAAUUAUAAAAUAUCCUGUGUGGAUAAUAACCCACGCCUGACCAUUUUGAAAGCUGAUAAAGCAGACUCUGGCCAUUAUUCUUGCCAUGCAAGUAAUGAAGUUGGGAAGGACUCUUGUACCGCUGAAGUUUCAGUGAAAGAGCGCAAAGUCCCACCCACCUUCACAAAAAAGCCUUCUGAAACCAUUGAAGACUCAGAGGGGAAGUUGGUUAAGCUUGAAGCACGUCUCUCUGGAUCCCAGCCCAUGAGCGUCAGUUGGUUCAAAGAUAACAGUGAAGUCUACAGUUCUGACAAUUAUGAGACAUCCUUCAAGAGUAAUCUGGCCGUGCUGGUCAUCAAGAAGGCCAACCUCUCUGACCAUGGAAGAUACACUUGCAAGGCUUCUAAUGAAGCUGGGGCUACCUCCUGCCAGUCAUCUGUAGUCAUUACAGCACGCAAGACACCUCCAGUCUUUGAUGAUCCUCUCAAACCAGUGACGGUGAACGAAGGCGAGAAGCUGCACCUGUCCUGCCAUGUUCGUGGAUCUCCACCACUGAAGAUACAGUGGAUGAAGGACAGGAAGGAUAUUAAAUCCACUGCUCAGACUAGAAUUACCUUCGUAGAUGAUACUGCUACUUUGGAAAUCUCCUCUGCUUCAAAAACAGAUGCUGGUGACUAUCUUUGCAAAGCUACCAAUGACGCUGGAAGUGAAUUCUGCAAGUCCAGAGUGACUGUAAAAGAUAAAGGGAAAGGGGCACCAGCAGCUGCUGAAGCAGCCCCAGCAGCAGCCAAACCUGCCAAGAAAUUGGACAACCUGUUCUUUAUUGAAGAGCCCAAGAGUGUCCAGCAGCCCGAGAAGAGCACUGCAACUUUCAUUGCCAAAGUUGGGGGCGAUCCCAUUCCCAAUGUGAAAUGGAUGAAGGGCAAGUGGAGGCAAAUGACUCAUGGUGGCCGAAUCACAAUUGAACAAAAGGGGCAGGAUGCUAAGCUGGAGAUCAGAGAAGUGACCAAAACUGACUCUGGGCAAUAUAGAUGUGUUGCAUCCAACAAGCAUGGUGAAAUCGAAUGUAACACUGAAUUGAAUGUCAGUGAAAAGAAAGAAGUUGCAGCACUUGAGGGAGACCUUAGAGCAAAACUAAAAAAGACUCCGUCCAAACAGAAGAGCCCGCAACAAGAACAAGAAAUUGACAUUGUGGAGUUGCUGAGGAAUGUGGAUCCAAAAGAGUAUGAGAAAUAUGCACGCAUGUACGGGAUUACAGACUUCCGUGGGCUUCUUCAAGCUAUUGAAUUCCUGAAGAAGGAGAAAGCAGAGGAAACUGGAAGACCUGAACUGGAACAUGGGAGACGAGAAUCUGAUGAGGAUUUAGACAAACUUGUAUCAGACUUGCAAAAGAGGAUGGAACAGACUGAGCCUAUCACUCUGGUUAAAGACAUCACAGAUCAAACUACUGUCGCAAACAAGGAGGCAGUGUUUGAGUGUGAAAUCAAGAUAAACUACCCUGAAAUCAGUUUGUCCUGGUACAAGGGGACACAGAAGCUUGAUACCAAUGACAAGUAUGAUAUCAAAAUCAUUGGUGAUCGUCACUUGCUGAAAAUUAACCGCUGUCAGCCCAGAGACCAGGGAAAUUACCGUGUUGUCUGUGGGCCACACAUUUCCAGUGCCAAAUUGACUGUCAUUGAAAAAGAAGUGGAUGAGUCUCUGAAGCCUGCCGCUCCCAGGAUGCCUGUUGAUGAAACUGUCUCCAGAACUACUACAGAAAUGAGAGAGGAAGUGCCAACUGAAGUUCCUGAAGCUUACAAGAAACCUGAACGAGAGCCGAUUACCCCAGGUGUGCUUGAGGCACCAGAAUCAACCAAAGUACCUGGUGCCAGGAAACCUGUGGAAGAAAUGAUCACUCCACAAACUGUGCCAGAACGUACAGAUCGUCUAACUCCAAAAGAAUAUGAAGAGGCUAUGAAGCUUGCUCUUGAACCAGCUCCUACUCCUGCUGCUCCUACCAAAGAUCAGGUUACUCCUAAAAAAGACAAACCUGAACACUUAGUAGAAGUGGCUCCUGAGUCCAAGCCCCAGUUAAGACCUGGGCUUAAAGAGAUACCUGCCAAGGUUGAGCCUGAGCCAGAGGCUGCAAAAAGAAAGAAGAUGGAAGCACUCCCACCCAAAGUUCCCGAAGAGCCAAAGAAAGCCAUGCCACCAAAAACAGAGGUACCUAAAAAAGUAGAACCGAUUCCAGCUGCACCAAAGGAGGCUGCUCCAGAGAAAGUUCCCGAAGAGCCAAAGAAAGCCGUGCCACCAAAAGCAGAGGUAUCUAAAAAGGUAGAACCGAUUCCAGCUGCACCAAAGGAGGCUGCGCCAGAGAAAGUUCCCGAAGAGCCAAAGAAAGCCGUGCCACCAAAAGCAGAGGUACCUAAAAAAGUAGAACCGAUUCCAGCUGCACCAAAGGAGGCUGCUCCAGAGAAAGUUCCCGAAGAGCCAAAGAAAGCCGUGCCACCAAAAGCAGAGGUACCUAAAAAAGUAGAACCGAUUCCAGCUGCACCAAAGGAGGCUGCUCCAGAGAAAGUGCCAGAAGCACCCAAGAAGAAAGAAACAGCUGAACUACCACAUGUAGCUGUUCCAAAAACAACAGGUGUGGUUCCCAUGAAGGUAGAACCUGAAAAGAGACAAGUCACCCCAACAAAAGUGCCCGAGGUAAAACCUAAGGAAGUGCCUGUUAAGAAGGCUCCAGAGGUUAUGCCUGAAAGGGAGAUGGAGAUGGCACUUGCCAAAGCAGAAAAGAAGCCCUCUCCAGGAGCACCAGAACCAGGUGCUGAGGAAUUCUACCCCACAAAAGAUGGAGUUGAGGGUCCCGUAACAGCACCUGGGCUUGCCAAGAAAGAUGGAAAACCCAAAGAAGAACUAGGCCCAGGAAGAGGUAGAGGCUUAAAACCAAAACAAACCCCCUCCCCCGGUGAUGGUGACAAGAGGAAAGGUCUGAAGCCUGGUGCAGGAGGUGAAAAACCCCCAGCGGAUUCACCAUUUGGAUUCCAGCUCAAGGCUGUGCCACUGAAGUUUGUGAAAGAGAUAAAAGACAUUGUGUUACUGGAAGCUGAGUCAAUUGGCUCCUCGGCUGUUUUUGAGUGUCAGAUCUCGCCCUCUACUGCUAUCACCUCAUGGAUGAAGGAUGACUGCAACUUGAGGGAGAGCCCCAAACACAAAUUUACUUCAGAUGGCAAGGAUCGUAAACUGGCAAUUAUUGAUGUCCAGCUCUCUGACACUGGCGAAUACACAUGUGUUGCCAAGCUUGGCAAUAAAGAAAAGACAUCCAAAGCCAAACUUAUCGUUGAAGAACUGCCUGUCAGAUUCACAAAAACCCUGGAAGAUGAGAUAACGGUAAUCAAGGGACAACCUAUGUACUUGACCUGUGAGUUGAGCAAAGACAAAGAUGUUGUCUGGAAGAAAGAUGGUAAGCCUCUCAAGACAGUCGCAGGCAAGGUGGCUAUCAACAUCAUUGGACUUCAGCGUGCUGUUACAAUCCAGGAUGCUGGGGAUGAUGAUGCUGGUGUUUACACAUGUGUGUGUGAAAACAUCAAGACUGAAGGAGCUGUCAAAGUCAUUGAAGUCAUUAGAGAUUGGUUGGUGAAACCAUUAAGGGACCAGCAUGUGAAACCCAAGGCCACUGCCACUUUCAAGUGUGAGCUGUUUAAGGACACUCCAAACUGGAAAUGGUUUAAAGGAGAUGAGGAGAUUCCUAGAGACCCCACCAAUAAGACUGAAGUAAAGAAGGAUGGGAAGGAUCUCACUCUGGCCAUUAAAAAUUGUACCCCUGAUGAUGUUGGGGAAUAUUCCUUGGAGGUUGAAGGCCGCAGAUACCCAGCAAAGCUAACUCUUGGAGAACGUGAAGCAGAGAUCUUGAAGCCCCUCGCCAGCGUGGAAGUCUAUGAGAAACAGAGUGCCAACUUUGAUACAGAAAUUUCUGAAGAUGAUGUUCCUGGAGAAUGGAAACUUAAAGGGCAGAUUUUGACUAGAUCUCCAACCUGUGAUAUAAAAGCAGAGGGCAAGAAGCGCUUCCUUACUCUGAAGAAUCUCCAAGUUGACCAGUCUGGUGAAGUUUCUUACCAAGCAUUAAAUGCAGUCACAACUGCACUUCUCACUGUCAAAGAAAUUGAAAUGGACUUCAUUGUCCCAUUAAAGGAUGUGACAGUGCUUGAAAAGAAGCAGGCUAAGUUUGAGUGCACUAUCACAAGAGACGUACCCAAAGUUAUAUGGACAAAGGGAUCAGAAAUUAUUACAUCUGGCAAGAAGUAUGAGACGAUUGAUGAUGGGAAGAAACAUAUGUUGAUCAUCAAUAAUUGUGACUUUGAUGACGAAGGACAUUAUGCUAUUGAAGCCUUGGGCAAAAAGUCAAUAGCCAAACUUACAGUGCAAGAGGGAGAUGCAUACUUCACAGUUAAGUUACAAGACUAUACUGCAACUGAGAAAGAUGAUGUCAUCCUGGAUUGUGAGUUGAGCAGGGAAGUGCCAGUGAAAUGGUACCAUAAUGACAAUGAAAUCAAGGCUUCUAAGAUGGUCACCAUGAAGGCUGAAGGCAAACGUAGAAUCCUGACUAUUAAGAGAGUGGCAGACAAAGAUAAGGGUCUUUACAUGUGCGACUGUGGAACAGACAAGACAAUGGCUAAUAUUGCAAUUGAGGCUCGGGAUAUCAAGGUGGUCCGCCCCAUGUAUGGUGUGGAGCUCUUUGAUGGAGAGACGGCUCGUUUUGAGGUGGAAAUCUCUGAGCCUGAUGUCCAUGGCCAAUGGAAACUGAAGGGAGAAGUCCUGACACCUUCUUCUGACAUUGAAAUUGUUGAAGAUGGUCCGAAGCAUGUCUUGACUUUAUACAACUGCAAGAUCCCCCAGUCAGGAGAAGUGGUAUUCCAGGCUGCAAAUGCCAAAUGUGCUGCCAAUCUAAAAGUGAAAGAGCUCCCACUCACCUUCAUAACCCCUCUGUCCGAUGUGAAAGUAUAUGAGAAGGAUGAGGCGAGAUUUGAGUGUGAAGUGUCUCGGGAAGCCAAGUCCUUCCGCUGGCUUAAAGGAACUCAGGAGGUGAAAGCUGAUGAGAAGUUUGAAAUUAUCCAUGAGGGAAAGAGGCAUAUCUUGGUGGUGAAAUCUGCUGCAUAUGAAGAUGAAGCAAAGUAUAUGUUUGAGGCUGAGGAUAAGAGAACCACUGGCAAACUGAUUAUUCAAGGAAUUCGCCUUGAGUUUGUCAAGCCCAUCAGAGAUGUUACAGUCAAAGAGCGUGAGACUGCAGAGUUCAGUGUUGAACUGUCUCAUGAGAAGGUUCCAGUCACCUGGUACAAAAAUGAUGUGCGUCUGCACCCGAGCAAAGUAGUGCACAUGUCGGAAGAUGGCAAGAUCCACACCCUGGCCUUCAAAGAGGUGUCCAUUGAUGACACUUCACUGAUUAAGGCAGAGGCGAUGGGAAAAAGCACUGAGGCUAUGCUUACUGUCCUUGAGGGAGAGCCAUACUUUGUCACCAAAUUGCAGGAUUACACUGCUGUUGAGAAGGAUGAAGUGAUGCUAGUAUGUGAGUUAAGCAAGCCUGCAGCAGAAGUGAAAUGGUUCAAAGAUGGCAAGGAGAUCACACCCUCUAAGAACGUCUUGAUGAAAGCAGAUGGCAAGAAGCGUAUACUGAUUGUGAAGAAGGCAGAAAAGGGCAACAUUGGGGAAUACACCUGUGACUGUGGCUCUGACAAGACCACUGCUAAACUAAACAUUGAGGAGCGUGAUAUCAAGAUCAUCCGCCCUCUGUACAGUGUGGAGGUGACAGAAACAGAAACUGCUCGCUUUGAGACUGAGAUCUCAGAGGAAGAUGUCCACGGCCACUGGAAACUCAAAGGAGAAGCCCUUCACCAGUCUCCUGACUGUGAAAUAAAGGAAGAAGGAACCAAGCACUUUCUCAUCCUGUACAAUGUGCGAAUGGACCAGGCUGGUCCUGUAGAUUUCCAGGCUGCUAAUGCUAAAUCCAGUGCUCAUCUUAGAGUUAAAGCACGCGUGAUCGGCCUAAUGCGGCCACUCAGGGAUGUUACAGUUACCGCUGGGGAGACCGCCACCUUUGAAUGCGAACUUUCCUAUGAAGGGAUUAAAGUGGAAUGGUUCCUUGGGGGCACAAAGCUGGAGCCAAGUGACAGAGUUGUCACUCGUGCAGAAGGCAGAGUUCACACACUGACUCUGAGAGAUGUGAAAAUGUCAGAGGCAGGAGAAGUCAAACUGACAGCCAAAGACUUCAUCACUCAGGCUAAGCUCUUCGUGAAUGAGCCACCAGUUGAGUUCACCAAACCUCUGGAGGAUCAGACUGUUGAGGAGGAGGCCACUGCUGUUAUGGAGUGUGAAGUCUCCAGGGAAAAUGCUGAAGUUACGUGGCAUAGAGAUGGACAGGACAUCCGUAAAACUAAGAAGUACGACAUGGUUGCUGAUGGCCGAAAGAGAAGGCUCAUUAUCCAUGACUGUACACUUGAUGAUUCGAGGAUGUACACCUGUGCUGCAAAAGAUUUCAAAACUUCUGCCUUCCUCACUGUUGAGCCUCCACAUGUUGAGUUCACAAAGCCACUCCAUGAUGUUGAGGUUAAAGAGAAAGAAUCAGCCAAAUUUGAAUGUGAAGUUUCUCGUGAAAAUGCAAAGGUACGCUGGUUCAAAGAUGGCAGUGAAAUCAGAAAGAGCAAGAAGUAUGAAAUUAUCGCUAAGGGUGUCCAACAUAUUCUUAUAAUCCACAAGUCAGUCUUUGAUGAUGAGGCAGAAUAUGAAUGUGAUGCAAGGACCUCCAAAUCCUCUGGCAUGCUUACUGUCAUUGAGGAAGAGGCUAUAUUUACAAAGAACCUGUCUGAUGUUGAGGGUACUGAAACUGACAGCAUUAAGAUGAUCUGCGAGGUGUCAAAACCCAGUGCAGAUGUGAUGUGGUACAAAGGUGACCAGGAGCUGCCUGAGGGUGGCAGAUAUGAACAACGUGUGGAUGGCAAAAAGAGAAUACUUAUCAUCCAGGACCUACGUAUGGAUGACAAAGGAGAGUAUAACUGCCGACUGCCCAGAUCAAGAACAUCAGCAACACUGAGGAUUAAUGAACUAGCCGCUGAGUUCAUUUCGAGGCCACAAAGCCAGGAAGUUGUUGAAGGUGAAAAGGCAGAAUUUGUCUGCUCAGUCUCCAAAGACACGUAUGAAGUCAAAUGGCUUAGGGGUGACAAGGAGAUUGAAGCAGGAGACAAGUACGACAUCAUCAGUGAUGGCAAGAGAAGAGUACUUGUUGUUAAGGACUGUAUGUUGAAGGACGAAGGAGGAUAUGUUGCCCUCAUUGGCUCUACUAGAGCAACAGCAGAUUUGCUUGUGAUGGAAAAACUCAGGAUUAUUAUACCUAUCAAAGACACACCAGCAAUUGAAGGACAAGAGAUUGUCUUCAACUGUGAGGCGAAUACUGAAGAAGCCAAAGCCAAAUGGUUGAGAAAUGAUGAAACAAUAUUUGAGAGUGGCAAGUUCAUUAUGGUCCAGAAGGACAAUGUCUACUCCCUGAGGAUAAAGGACACUCAGUUGUCUGAUGAUGGCAACUACACAAUUGCCUUGACAAAUCAGCGUGGUGAACACGCCAAGAGCUCUGCCAAACUCAUUGUAAAAGAGGAAGACCUUAGGAUUAUUGAGCCUCUUGAUGAUUGUGAGACCCAGGAGAAGAGGACCAUAAGCUUCUCUUGCAAGGUGAACCGACUCAAUGCAACAGUGAAAUGGAUGAAGGGAGGCCAAGAGAUUACCUUCAACAAGCACAUCCUGUAUAAAGUUGACAAGUACAAGCACACGCUGAUCAUCAAAGAUUGCAGCCUUAAUGAUGAAGGCGAGUACACUGCCAUGGCCGGCUCCGACAAGUCCACAGCUGAGCUGAUCAUUAGCGAGGCUCCCACCGAUUUCUUGAUGCAGCUGCAGGACCAGAAUAUAACUGAAUUUGAGGAUGCAGAGUUUGAGUGUGAAAUCUCCAAAGAAAAGGCUGAGGUGAAAUGGUACAAAGAUGGCCGUGAAAUUAGAGAAGGAGCAAGGUAUCGCUUUGAAAAAGAUGGGAAGACAUGCAGACUCCACAUCAAGGAAUGCAGACCUGAUGAUGAAUGUGAAUAUGCCUGUGGUGUGGAUGAGAGGCGAUCAAGGGCCAGGCUCUUUGUUGAAGAAAUACCGGUUGAGAUUAUCAGACCCCAUAAGGAUAUAUUUGAGCCCCCUGGCUCAGAUGUUGUGUAUGAAGUCGAGCUGAACAAGGACCGAGUUGAAAUCAAAUGGCUAAGGAACAACAUGAUAAUUGUCCAGGGUGAUAAGUACCAGAUGAUGAGUGAGGGCAAAAUUCACCGUCUCCAGGUGUGUGAGAUCAGGCCUCGUGACCAGGGCGAGUAUAGAAUCAUCGCCAAGGACAAAGAUGCCAGAGCCAAGCUAGAACUUGCAGCUGUUCCUACAAUCAAGACCACAGAUCAGAACCUGGAGACUGAUGUUGGAAAGCCAAUUGUUAUGACGGUUCCUUAUGAUGCUUAUCCUCAAGCUGAGGCUGAAUGGCUUUUCAAUGGCAUUAGCCUGCCAAUGCAGCACUGUGACACGUCCUCUGACAGAACAGACUACAGGCUAAAGGACCCUAAGAAGUCUGACCAAGGCCGUUACAAGAUUGUUAUCAAGAACAAACAUGGAAAAGGAGAGGGCUUCAUCAACCUGGAUGUUAUUGAUGUUCCUGGACCUGUUAAGCACCUGAAUGUUGUGGACACAGCUGAUGGGGAGGUCAGUCUUGCCUGGGAUGAGCCUGAGACUGAUGGCGGGAGCAAAAUCAUUGCCUAUGUGGUGGAGAGGCGUGAUGUGAAGCGCAAGACAUGGACCCUGGCCACUGAUCAUGUUGAUGGUACCGAGUAUUGUGUGACAGGACUACAGAGGGACUCCAUGUACCUCUUCCGUGUAUGUGCCCGUAACAGGGUGGGCAGUGGACCAAAUGUGGAGACGGACAAACCUGUCCAAGCCAAGAACAAGUUUGAUGUUCCUGAUGCACCACAGAAUGUUGAGGUUGGAAAUGUAAAUAAAUUUGGUGCAACCGUGUCCUGGGAACCCCCAUUGUUUGAUGGUGGUUCUGAAAUCACUUCUUACAUCAUUGAGCUGCGAGACCGUACAUCUGUGAAGUGGGCACCAGUUAUGGUGACCAAACCUGAGGACCGCACGGCCACAAUCAAUGAAGUUGUGGAGAACAAGGAGUACAUUUUCCGUGUUAGAGCUGAAAACAGGGCUGGAGUUGGAAAGCCAAGUGCGGCCACUAAUCCAGUGAAGAUCAUGGACCCCAUUGAGAGGCCAAGCCCACCAUUGAAUUUUAAAUACUCUGACCAGACAAAGGACACUGUCCAGUUGACAUGGGACACCCCCUUGAAAGAUGGAGGCAGUAUGAUCACAGGCUACAUCAUUGAGAAAUGUGAAGAUGGUACAGAUAAGUGGCUCAGAUGUAAUGCCCGCCUCUGCCAGGACCUUUACUACAAGGUGUAUGGCCUGAAACAUGGUCAGAAGUACCUGUACAAAGUGUUUGCAGAGAAUGCAGCUGGAAUUUCAGACCCAGCUGACACAAUUGGACCUCUUCUGGCUGAUGAUCCACAUUUUGCCCCUACUAUGGAUCUCAGUGCAUUCAAGGAUGGCCUGGAAGUGAUUGUCCCUCACCCCCUUGCUAUUCGCAUUCCCAUUACUGGGUACCCCAUACCAACAGUCAAGUGGAGUGUGGGAGACACAACAUUGACCCCAGGAGACCGUGUCUCUAUGACUACCAAGGCAACCUUCACAGAGCUAGUUAUUACUCCCAGUGUGCGCCCAGACAAGGGCAGGUACACAGUUCACCUGGAGAACGAUGUGAGCACAGUCUCAGGAGAAAUUGCCGUGAAUGUCAUCGCUUCCCCAAGUGCACCCAGAGACUUCAAAGCUGCAGAGGUGACAAGAAGGCAUGUUCAUCUGAUGUGGGAGGCACCAGAACAUGAUGGCGGAAGUCCACUGACAGGCUACCAGAUUGAAAAGCGUGAUGUGUCUCGCAAGACAUGGGUCAAGGUCAUUGCUGGUGUACAAGACUUGGAGUAUACUGUAACAGAUGUAAUUGAAGGCAAAGAGUACUUAUUCAGAGUUGUAGCCUGCAACAAGUGUGGCCCUGGAGAGCCUGCCUACCUCGAUGAACCAGUGAAUGUGUCUUCCCCAGCCACUGUGCCAGACCCACCUGAGAAUUUGAAAUGGAGAGACAAGUCUGCCAAUGGAAUCUUCCUAUCCUGGGAGCCUCCAAAGUAUGAUGGUGGCUCUGCAAUUAAGGGCUACAUUGUUGAAAAGUGCCAACGUGGCACUGACAAAUGGGAGCCCUGUGGAGAUGCUGUGCCUGACCUCAAAUUCCAAGUGACUGGUCUCACAGAGGGUCAGUGGUAUGCCUACCGUGUUAAAGCCGUGAACAAACUGGGGGCUAGCAGACCUUGCAGAGCUACAGAUGAGAUCCUGGCUGUGGACCCGAAAGUGGCUCCUGAGAUUAAUCUGGAUGUCAAACUGCUCGCUGGUUUGACUGCAAAGGCUGGGACCAAGAUUGAGCUGCCCGCUGAUGUAACGGGAAAACCAGAGCCCAAAAUCACCUGGACCAAGGCUGAUCUUGUCCUGAAACCAGAUGACAGAGUCUCCAUCGAAACCAAGCCUGGUCACUCCACACUCGCAGUAGCCAAGACCAAGAGAGACGACACAGCUACCUAUAUCAUUGAAGCUGUAAAUAGCAGUGGCCGAGCUACUGCAACAGUGGAUGUUAACAUUCUUGAUAAGCCUGGGCCUCCAGCUGCAUUUGACAUCUCUGAUAUCACCAACGAGUCCUGCUUACUGGCUUGGAACCCUCCCAGAGAUGAUGGUGGCUCAAAGGUCACCAAUUACAUUGUGGAGCGGAGGGCUACUGACAGUCAAGUCUGGCACAAACUCUCUUCUACUAUAAAGCCGACCACGUUCAAGGCUUGCAACUUGGUUGCUCAAAAAGAAUAUGUCUUCAGAGUGUUUGCUGAGAACCAGUAUGGCAUUGGUCCUGCAGCAGAACAUGUUCCAAUAGUGGCCCGGUACUCCUUUGAUCCACCGGGUCCUCCAACUAAGCUGGAGCCCUCAGAUAUUGCAAAGGACUCUCUGACCUUGACAUGGUAUGAGCCCACUGAGGAUGGUGGCAGCCCUAUAACUGGGUAUUGGGUGGAGAGAUUAGACCCAGACAGUGAUAAAUGGAUCAGAUGUAACAAGCUGCCCAUCAAGGACACCACAUUCAGAGUGAAAGGACUGCCCACAAAGAAGAAGUACAAGUUCCGUGUCUUGGCUGAAAAUCUCGCUGGACCUGGAAAACCAAGCAAGGAGACCAACCUGAUCUUGGUUAAGGAUGCAAUUGAUCCUCCUUGGCCUCCUGGGAAGCCAACUGUCAAAGAUGUUACGAAGACCACCGCCUUCCUGCAAUGGACUAAACCUGAACAUGAUGGUGGGGCCAAGAUUGAGUCCUACGUAAUUGAAAUGCUGAAGAGUGGAAAUGUAGACUGGGUCCGUGUGGCUGAGGGUGUGCCUAGGCUUGACCACUUCCUGAAAGAACUGAUGGAGAAGGAAGAGUAUUCCUUCCGUGUAAGAGCUGUCAAUUGUGCUGGAGAGAGCGAACCCAGUGAACCCAGUGAUCCUGUUCUCUGCAAAGAAAGAUUCUUUCCCCCGUCACCCCCACGUUGGCUCACGGUGCUUAAUGUUAGCAAAAACAGUGCUGACCUGAAAUGGACAGCUCCUGAGAAAGAUGGGGGAUCUCCUAUCACAAACUACAUUGUGGAGAAGAGAGAUGCAAGGCGCAAGGGCUGGCAGGCAGUGGACACCACUGUGAAGGAAACCAAAUAUACAGUCACUCCUCUAAAUGAGGGAUCUUUGUAUUUGUUCCGAGUUGCAGCUGAGAAUGCUGUCGGACAAAGUGAAUAUUGUGAAAUGGAGGACUCAGUACUGGCCAAAGACACUUUCACUACCCCUGGACCACCAUAUGCUCUGACUGUGGAAGGGGUGACAAAGACACAUGUUGACCUUAAAUGGGAAGCUCCUAAGAAUGAUGGUGGUAGACCUAUUAAAAGAUACGUAAUUGAGAAGAAAGAAAAGCUGGGUACUCGCUGGGUGAAGGCUGCAAAGACACCAGGACCAGACUGCACAUAUAGAGUUACAGAUGUUAUUGAAGGAACUGAGGUUCAGUUCCAGGUCCGUGCUGAGAAUGAAGCUGGUUGUGGACACCCAAGUGAACCAACAGACAUUCUGACAAUUGAAGAUCCAACGGGUCCACCAUCUCCUCCUCUGGAGCUGCACAUCACUGAUGCUGGCAGAAACCACAUCUCCAUUGCAUGGAAACCGCCAGAGAAUAAUGGCGGCAGUCCCAUCAUGGGCUACAACAUUGAGCUCUGUGAAGCUGGCACUGAAAAGUGGAUGAGAAUCAACUCCCGACCUGUAAAAGAGCUCAAAUACAAGGCAGAUGAAAACCUCAUCCCAGAGAAAGAGUACAUCAUGAGAGUUCGUGCAGUCAAUGCUGUUGGUGUCAGCGAGCCCUCAGACAUUUCAGAAAAUGUCUUCGCAAAAGAUGCUGAUUGCAACCCUACCCUUGAAAUACAGAGUCAAGAUGUUGUUGUGGUGGAGGGUGAGAAAUUGCAUCUCCCUGUUGUGUAUAGAGCUGUACCACAGCCCAAGGUGUCUUGGCACAAAGAUGGAAAGGAACUUAAGGCUGACAAUAGGCUCACCUUCAGAUCUGAGUAUCUUGCAACUCACUUGGAAGUUGCAAACUCCUUGCAUGCUGAUGCUGGCACAUAUACCAUAAACCUGCAGAACAAGCUUGGAUCAACCACCGGAACAAUUAAUGUUAAAGUUGUUGGUUUGCCUGGUCCAUGUAAAGAUAUUUCUGCCAGUGACAUCACUAAGAAUUCCUGCAAGAUCUCAUGGGAACCUCCAGAUAAAGAUGGUGGCAGCCCCAUUCUACAUUAUUGUCUUCAGCGUAGAGAGGCUGGCCGGAGAACCUAUGUUGCUGUAAUGUCUGGAGAGAAUAAACUUAGCUGGCCUGUCAAAGACCUUAUACCCAACGGAGAGUAUUACUUCCGUGUCAAAGCUGUGAACAAGAUUGGUGGUGGAGAGUUUAUAGAACUCCGCAACCCUGUGAUUGCUGAGGAUCAGAAACAGCGCCCAGAUCCUCCCGUUGAUGUUGAAACACACAAUCCUAGUUCAACCUCCAUUACUCUGACUUGGAAGCCUCCAUUGUAUGAUGGUGGAUGCAAGAUCAUGGGCUACGUUCUUGAGAAGAUGAAGAAGGGUGAUGACAAGUUUGAGAGAUGCAAUGAUUUUCUAGUGCCCGUUUUGUCUUACACCGUCAAAGGCCUGACACCAGGCAAGGAAUACCAAUACCGUGUGUGUGCUGAAAACGCUGCUGGAGUCAGCGAUCCUUCCAAAAGCACACCCCUGGUCAAGGCUAUUGAUUCUGCUGAACCACCUAAGGUUUUCCUUAGUGGAAGCCUGCAAUCCGGCUUGACCAUCAAAAAAGGUGGGGAUAUUAGACUGGAUGCCGUCAUCUCUGGAUCUCCAUAUCCUACUGUGUCAUGGCUGAAGAAUAAUUGGACCAUUACCCCAAUGCCAAUGAAGAAAAGACCAGAGAAGCCUAUUGUCAAGAAGAAGGAUAAGGAUGCUCCUGAGGAACCCGAGCAGCCUUCCUAUCCAUCCCUUCAAGAACGUCUUGCCAUUGAUCUUAAAAGGAAGGGAGAAUCAAAGUUAACCGUGCAGAACUCCAUUAGAGAUGAUCACGGUCUGUUUACCAUUACAGUGGAAAAUGAUCACGGAGUUGCAAGUGCAUCCUGUGAAGUCAAUGUGCUUGAUGUGCCUGGACCUCCAGUUAAUUUUGUCUUUGAAGACAUAAGGAGUACCUCUGUCCUUUGUAAGUGGAAUCCACCUGUUGAUGAUGGUGGCAGCGAAAUCCUGAACUACAUCCUGGAGCAAAAAGACAACUCUAAGGCUGAAAUUGGAUGGAUAAAUCUGACUUCUACUCUCAGGGGAGGCAAAUACCAAGUGACAAAGCUAAUUGAAGGGAAAGAAUAUAUCUUCCGUGUGGCAGCUGAAAACAAAUUUGGCCCUGGGCGCCCAUGUGUCUCAGCACCUGUUGUAGCUAAGAAUCCAUUUGAUCCACCGGAGGCACCUGACAAGCCAGAAAUUGAGGACAUUACUGCCAGUAAUAUGCUUGUUACCUGGAAUGAACCAAAAGACAAUGGCAGUCCUAUUUUAGGCUAUUGGAUUGAGCGGCGUGAAAUCAACAGCACCCACUGGGCCAGAGUAAACCGCAAUAUACAUAAUUCACGAGAAAUUACAGUUGAUGGUCUGAUAGAAGGCUUGACUUAUAUCUUCAGAGUAUGUGCUGAAAACUUAGCUGGACCUGGAAAGUUCAGUGUACCAUCUGAUCCCAAGACUGCACACCAUCCAAUUGUACCACCUGGUCCACCAACUCCGUGGAUUGCUGAUACUAAUCAGUUCUCCAUUGAAGUGGAGUGGAGUCCACCUAAGGACAAUGGUGGUGGAGAAAUUAUUGGGUACCAUGUGGAUAAAGUUCUAUUUGGAGCAAAAGACUGGUCUCGCGCCACAGACAGACUGUGGAAGGACAACAAGUUUACUAUGUAUGGAGUUAGAGAGGGUGCAAAAUACAUUAUCCGUGUAAUAGCUGUCAAUGCAGCAGGAGAAGGGCCGCCAGGGAUGACAGAUCCUGUGAUCGCCAGGGAUCCUCAAGAGCCUGCAUUUGUGGAGCUAGACCUUUCUGUUAGGAAUGGUGUCACUAUCAUGGCUGGAGAAACACUGAGGUUGCCUGCACUUGUGAAGGGCAGACCUCCACCAUAUGUUGUGUGGACAAAGGAUGAAGGAAAACUUGACAAAGACCGCACUGUUAUUGAAACGGUUGACAAAAACAGUAUACUUAUUAUUGAGAAAAUCACACGAAAGGAUCCUGCCAAGUACCAAAUCACUGCAAAGAACAGCAGCGGAGCCAAAUCUGCUGCGACCAGAGUUGAAGUAAUGGAUGUUCCCGGGCCUGUGCUUGAACUGAAGCCCGUCAUUGUUAACAAAAAGAUGAUAUUUUUGAACUGGUCGGAUCCUGAAGAUGAUGGUGGAAGCAAUCUCACUGGUUUCAUCAUUGAAAGAAAGGAUGCAAAGAUGCACACAUGGAGACAGCCAAUAGACACCUCUGCCUCUAAAUGUGAAAUUUUAGGUAUUGUUGAAGGACAGGAAUAUACAUUCCGUGUGAUGGCGAAGAACAAGUAUGGAUUGGGCGUCCCGGUUGUGAUUGGUCCUAUUCUUGCUGUGGAUCCUAAAGGUCCACCAGCUUCCCCAGAGAGAUUCGACUACAGUGAGAGGACUAAGUCAUCUGUAACUCUUUGCUGGAAACCACCUCGUUAUGAUGGUGAUAGCCCCAUCUUAGGCUACUUUGUUGAUAAGAAGAGGAAGGAUGCACCAGCAUAUGAGCCUGCCAACAAGGAGAUAUGCAAGGACCUCAGCUUGACAGUGGAGAACCUUUCAGGGCUUCAUAUGUAUGAAUUCCGUGUGAGGGCAGUAAAUGCCAUUGGAGAGAGCGAGCCUUCAAUUCCACUAAAUGUUAUCAUUCAAGAUGAUGAAGUUGGCCCAACCUUGACAAUGUUGAAGUACUUCAAGGGCGAUACACUAACCGUCAAGAAAGGAGAACCCAUUGAAAUCCCUGCUGAAGUUACAGGGCUUCCAAUACCAAAAGUAGAAUGGUCUAAGGAUGACGUGGUUAUUGACAAACCAACUAAGCCACUUUCGAUCAAGUCCGAGAUGAUGAACAGAACAACGACUAGAACCACCCUUGGUGUCCCUGAAGCUGAUAGAAAGGACAGAGGACAUUACACAGUUAUGGCCACAAACCGCCUUGGAUCGGUUCAUCACUCUGUCACAGUGGAGGUGCUAGACCGCCCAACGCCACCACGGAAUAUUGUUAUUUCUAAUAUCAAAGCUGAAUCUUGUUACCUGACCUGGGAUGCUCCUGUGGACAAUGGAGGCAGUGAGAUUACAAAUUACAUUAUUGACAAGAGGAAUGCAAAGAAGGAGGACUCUGUUUGGGAGCAGAUUAAUGACAGCAUAAUUGACAGGAAAUUUGGGGCUUGGAAUCUGGAAACUGAUGCCACAUACAAAUUUAGAAUCAGAGCUCAGAAUAGGUAUGGCAUCAGUGAUGGCUGUGAAUCAGAAGCUGUCGAUAUCAAGGAUCCUUUCAAACUCGCUGGUCCACCAGGGAAGCCAGUCGUUGCUGAGCACUAUAAGGACUCCAUGCUGGUGACAUGGGAGCCUCCUCUUGACGAUGGAGGAUCUGCCAUUACAGGCUACUGGAUUGAGAAGAGAGAGAAAGGAUCUGGCUACUGGGCUCGUGUGAACAGGGCUCCCAUCUCAAAACGGGGUUUGAAACGCUGGGAAUUCAGUGUACCCCGUCUCAUUGAGGGUACAGAGUACCAAUUCCGUGUAUGUGCCUGCAAUGCUGCUGGUGUUGGCCCCCCAAGUGAACCAUCUGAUCCUGCAUUAGCUGUUGAUCCUCUCUAUCCUCCAGGCAAGCCAUCCACCCCUGAAAUUGUUGAUGUAACCAAGGACAGUGUGACGCUUUCUUGGAAGCCACCAGAGAAAGAUGGUGGUAGUCCUAUUAAAGGCUAUAUAAUUGAAAAACAGGAUGAGGGUACCUCAGAAUGGUCAAGAGUGAAUGACGCAGACCAGCUGCAUCCAACCACAGAAUUCACUGUUCCAAAUCUCAGAGAGCUGAAAAAGUACAGGUUCAGAGUCAUUGCAGUUAAUGAUAUAGGUGAAUCUGAGCCAAGUCACAAAACAUACGAUGUCCUUGUCAAGGAAAUGCAAGAGGAGCCAAAGAUCACUCUGGAUGUUAAUGCACAAGACCUACUGUUUUGCCCAGCUGGUUCAACAAUCAGAAUCCCUGCUUCUUUCAAAGGACGCCCCAUGCCAAAAGUUUCAUGGGAGUUUGAAGGAGGAGCAAAGACAGAAAUAAAAGAUCGUGUUCAUGUCCUCCCAGUUGACUCAGAAGUCCAGUCUUCUGACACAACAUCAGUGAUCACGAUCCCAAUGUGCAACAGAAGCCAUUCUGGCAGAUACACUAUCACAGCCAAAAACAAGGCUGGCCAGAAAUCUGCUAAUAUUAGAGUCAAUGUACUUGAUGUGCCAGGGCCUCCGAAAGACUUAAAAGUCACUGAUAUCACAAGAGGUACUUGCAGACUUAUAUGGAAACUUCCUGAUAAUGAUGGUGGUGAGAGAAUCAAGAGUUACUUUAUUGAGAAGAAGGCUCUAGGAACAAAUGCCUGGACCAAGGUCAACCCUGCUUGUGCUAGUCAGGCUUUCGUUGUCCCUGACCUCCUUGAGGGGCAGGAAUACCUGUUCCGUGUCCGUGCAGAGAAUCGCUUAGGAUUAGGACCACACGCAGAGACUACUGAACCCGCAAAGGCUAGAGAUCCCAUCUAUCCACCUGAUCCUCCCACAAGGGUCAAAGUUAACCUUGUGACUAAGGACACAGCAACACUAACUUGGGUACCGCCUAAGAACAAUGGUGGGGCUCCUGUAACACACUACAUCAUUGAGCGUUUAAGCUGGGACACCAGUGGAAAGGAAAAGGAGACCUGGAAACAGUGCAAUAAGCGUGAUGUUGAGGAGACCACAUUCAAGGUUGAGGACCUGAAAGAGGGUGGAGAGUAUGAGUUCCGUGUGAAGGCUGUUAACGAGGCUGGUGCAAGCAGACCAUCUGCAACUGCUGGACCAAUUAUUGUAAAAGACCAGACAUGUCCACCUACCAUUGACCUCAAAGAGUUAAUGGAAGGAGUGGAAGGAACUGAUAUCAACAUUGUUGCUAAGGUUAAAGGAUGUCCAUUCCCUACCCUCACUUGGAAAAAGGCUUCACUUGCUAAGACUGAUGAUAAGCGUGAUAUACAAUAUGAUCAACAUGUCAACAAGCUUGUCUCUGAUGAUAAAUGCACACUGCUAAUACAGCAGAGCAAGAGAGAUGAUACUGGUCUAUACACGCUUACAGCAAGUAACAGCCUUGGCAAGGCCUCAAAAGAUAUUCGACUCACAGUCCUAGGACGUCCUGGACCACCAAUUGGACCCAUAAAGUUUGAGGAAAUCUUUGCUGAAAGAAUUACUCUCUCCUGGCAACCUCCCAAAGAUAAUGGUGGUUCAGCGAUCACAAACUAUGUUGUUGAAAAACGGGAAGACAACAGGAAGUCCUGGGUCCACGUUUCUGAUGCUCCAAAAGAGUGCUUGUAUACAGUCCAAAGAUUAACAGAGGGCCAUGAAUAUCUGUUCCGUGUUAUGGCCCAAAAUAAAUAUGGAGUUGGCCCACCUCUCGACAGUGAACCUGAGAAAGCCAGAAAUCUUUUUACUGUCCCUGGCCAGUGUGACAAGCCAACUGUCACAGAUGUUACUCGUGACUCCAUGACUGUCAACUGGGAAGAGCCAGAAUAUGAUGGUGGAUCUAUGGUCACUGGCUAUUGGCUGGAGCGCAAAGAGACAACAUCCAAGCGCUGGGCUAGAGUGAACCGUGAUCCAAUCAGGAUAAUGCCCCUUGGUGUGUCUUUCAAUGUGACUGGUCUCAUUGAGGGAUCCCAAUACCAGUUCCGUGUGAUAGCCAUCAAUGCUGCAGGAUGUGGGCUUCCAAGCUUACCUUCAGAUACUGUUACUGCUAGAGACCCCAUUGCACCACCUGGACCUCCUUUGCCUAAAGUAACUGACUGGACUAAGUCAACUGUUGAUUUGGAAUGGAUUCCACCACUAAAUGAUGGUGGGUCAAAGAUUACUGGAUACUUUGUGGAAUAUAAAGAAGAGGGCAAAGAAGAAUGGGAAAAGGCCAAAGAUAGAGAAAUAAGAGGCACUAAGUUUGUCGUUGCUGGACUGAAAGAGCUUGGACUUUACAGAUUUAGAGUCAGAGCAGUAAAUGCAGCAGGUGUGGGUGAACCUGGUGAAGUCUCUGAAGUUAUUCAAGUUAAGGACAGGACAAUUGCCCCUGAGGUGGACCUGGAUGCUUCUGUAAAGGAGAAGAUUGUUGUUCAUGCUGGCGGUGUGAUCCGCAUCUUGGCCUAUGUGUCAGGCAAGCCUGCACCCCAGAUCACAUGGAACAGAGAUGAUGCUCCAAUCCCUGAAGAAGCUGUUGUUGAGACCACUGCUAUAAGCUCUGCUCUGGUGAUCAAGAAAUGUCAGCGAAAACAUCAAGGCAUAUAUACCUUGGGCGUUAAGAAUGAAGGCGGUGAAAGAAAGAAGACCAUCAUUGUUGAAGUAUUGGAUGUCCCUGGCCCAGUUGGGAAACCCUUUUCCGGCAUAAAUCUCACUACUGACUCAUGCAAGUUAACAUGGUCCACCCCUGAAGAUGAUGGUGGAUCAAUCAUCACAAACUACAUCAUUGAAAAGCGUGAAUCUGACCUCAGAGGAUGGACAGCUGUGACUUACACUGUCACCAGACAAAAUGCUGUUGUGCAAGGCUUACUUGAUGGAAAAUCCUAUUUCUUCAGAAUUGCUGCUGAGAAUAUCAUUGGAAUGGGGCCAUUUACUGAAACAACAUCAGCAGUGACUAUCAAGGAUCCUAUGUCUGUCCCUGAGCGCCCUGAGGAUCUGGAGGUCACAGCCAUUACAAAGGAUUCAGUCAGCGUGGUUUGGAGACCCCCUAAGUAUGAUGGAGGCUCUGAAGUUACCUCAUAUGUCUUGGAAUGUCGUCAAAUUGGACAAGACCAUUUCACCCCUGUCACAAAGGAUAAGCUUUUGGAAAGAACAUACACUCACACUGGUCUUAAGGAGGGAUCCUGCUAUGAGUUCCGUGUUAGGGCUGUGAAUGUAAUUGGUCAAGGCAAGGCUUCCUUUGUCACCAAACCAAUCACUUGCAAAGAAGAGCUUGAACCCCCUAAACUUGACCUGGAAUUCCAUGACAAGCUUAUUGUCCGUGCUGGCAAGGCAUGCACUCUCCAAGGUCGCUAUACUGGAAAACCAGCACCAUCCAUUAAAUGGACUAAGAAUGAAGAGGAGCUUAAACCCGAUGACCACAUCUCUUUAACAACUACAAGUAAAACAUUGUGCUUAAGCAUUCCUAACACUAAGCGUGAAGACAGUGGCCAAUACUGUGUGCUUGCGGAGAACAGUACUGGCUCACGCAAAGGGAUCUGUAAUGUGACUGUUGUUGAUCGCCCUCAGCCCCCUGAGGGCCCAGUUGUCUUUGAUGAGGUUUACAGAGAUCAUAUGGUCAUUUCCUGGAAACCGCCUCUCGAUGAUGGCGGAAGUCCAGUUUCUAACUAUAUUGUUGAGAAGAGAGAUACAAACAGAGAUCUUUGGAUGCCUGUGACAUCUUCUGCUACAAGGACAUCAUGCAGAGUGCCCAAACUCAUUGAGGGAAGAGACUAUAUCAUAAGAAUCUGUGCACAAAACAUAUAUGGAAUAAGUGAACCACUUCGAUCAGCAGAGAUGAGAGCCAAAGAUAUAUUCAGAGUUCCUGAGGCUCCCAAGCAGCCUGUCGUGAAAGAAGUAUUCAAAGAUACUGUUCUGCUGACUUGGAACCAGCCUCGUGAUGGUGGCAAACCCAUUACAAAUUACAUUGUAGAGAAGAGGGAGACUAUGUUAAACAGAUGGACACGUGCUGGGACGGAUCGUAUUUAUCCUGAUCCAGAGUACUGGGUUCCAGAUCUUCUUCGAGGCUGUGAAUAUGAGUUCCGUGUUAUGGCAGAGAAUGAGGUGGGUGUUGGUGACCCAAGUCCACCAUCCAAACCUAUCUUUGCCAAGGAUCCAGUUGUGGUCCCAAGCCCUCCUGUACUCCCAGAAGCUGUGGACAAGACAAAAGAUUCAGUAUCUCUGUCCUGGAAGCCCCCACUCAAUGAUGGCGGGGGCAAGAUCAUAGGUUAUCUCAUUGAGUAUCAGAAAGCGGGCCAGGAAGUGUGGUCGAAGGUCAAUGAGACUGCUGAAGCAUGCUCAGAGACAAAGUUCAAAAUAGGCCAUCUUGAAGAUGGUGAACUGUAUCGGUUCAGAGUUAUGGCUGUGAAUUCUGCAGGUGCUUCUGAACCUGCUGAUAUCAAGGAACCAGUGAGGGCACAGGAUAGACUCGAACCUCCAGAGCUGGAUCUUGAGGCUGGUAUGCCUCGUGAGCUUCGUGCCCAGGCGGGAACCCUUGUCACAAUCAAGGCUGGAAUCAAGGGCAUACCUUUCCCCAAAGUAACAUGGAAGAAGAAUGAUGCAGAUGUUCCUCCAAGGGCUGAAAUUACAGUCACUGGUGUUGGAAGCAAACUGGAAAUGCGUUAUUGUAACCGCUCUGACAGCGGUGACUACACGCUAACUGCUGAAAAUCCUUCCGGAUCAAAGUCAGCAAUAUGCACAGUUCUUGUGUUAGAUAAACCUGGUCCACCACAAAAUCUGAAGGUUUCUGAAGUCAGAAGUGAUUCAGCCUAUCUUUCUUGGAAAGACCCAGAGGAUAAUGGAGGUGCUCGUAUUACCAAUUAUGUGGUGGAAAAGAAAGAUGUGGCAUCAGCACAGUGGGUACCUGUCUGCUCCUCAUCCAAGAAGCGCAGCUUGACAGCAAAACACUUAAUGGAGGGCACACAGUAUAUGUUCCGUGUUGCUGCUGAAAAUCAGUUUGGCAGAAGUGAAUAUGUAACAACCAAAACCAUCAAAGCAAUCGAUCCUUUGUUCCCACCUGGUCCACCGAAGAAUCUGCAUCAUGUCGAUGCAGAUAAAACUGAAGUUUGGCUUCAGUGGAAUUGGCCAGAUCGCACUGGUGGUAGCGAUAUUACUGGUUUCUUAGUGGAGUACCAAGUGGAAGGAGAAAAAGAUUGGACUGUCUUCGGAACUGUCAGCAUUCCUGAAUGUCAUGUAACUGGACUAGAAGAGGGAAAGACAUACAGGUUCCGUGUUAAAGCAGAAAAUGCCAUUGGCUUGAGUCGACCUGACACCACAGUACCAGUACUCUGUCAGGAAAAACUUGUGCCACCAACUGUUGAAGUGGAUGUCAAACUGAUUGAAGGUAUUAUUGUGAAAGCUGGAACUACAAUCAGACUCCCUGCAAUUAUGAGAGGCAUCCCUAUCCCUACCGCUAAAUGGAUGAUUGAUGGCAGUGAAAUCAUAAGUAAAGGCAAUGUCAAGGUUGACACUGAUCACUAUUCAACAAUCCUCACUAUUAAUGAGUGCACCAGAAAUGAUACAGGAGUCUAUCUUCUCACAGUUUCAAACGCUGCCGGAAGCAAGACAGUUUCAUUGCAUGUAACAGUCCUUGAUGUCCCAGCCCCACCUGUUGGCCCAGUUAAUAUCCUUGAGGUGACGCCUGAGCAUAUGAUAAUUGAAUGGCGUCCUCCCAAGGACGAUGGUGGAAGCCCUGUAAUGAAUUACAUAGUUGAGAAAAGAGAAUCCAAGAAAGAGACAUGGGGAGGUGUGAGCUCCGGAAGCACCAAUACAAAAGUAAAAAUCCCACGUUUACAGAAGGGCUGUGAAUAUAUUGUUCGUAUUCGAGCAGAAAACAAGAUUGGUAUAGGUGCACCCCUUGAAAGUGCUCCAACGGUUGCCCAACAUGUGUUUGAACCACCUAGUCAUCCAGGUAAACCAAAUACAUCUGAUAUUGCAGAAAAUGCCGUGACUGUCAGUUGGACUAUGCCAUUGUCUGACGGUGGCAGUCCAAUCAGUGGCUACAUAAUUGAGCGUAGACACAAGGAAGGAAAAUGGAUUCGUGUGAACAAGACUCCAGUAAAGGAACUCAGAUACAGGGUCCUUGGACUUUUUGAAGGUAACAGUUAUGAGUUCAGAGUCUUCGCAGAAAAUAUUGCUGGCUUCAGUGGACCUUCUCCUGUGUCAGAUCCAGUUAAGCCAUCUCGACCAAUCACAGUACCUGGACCACCAGUAAAUCCUAAAUUGAAGGACUGGAGCAAAUCCUCUGCUGACUUAGUUUGGACUAAGCCGACAAGAGAUGGAGGCAGUCCCAUCUUAGGUUAUAUUAUUGAGUGCCAGAAAGCAGACAGUGCUGAAUGGGAAAGAAUCAACAAGGAUGAUCUUAUCAAGCAGUGUGCAUUUAGAGUAUCAGGGCUAACUGAAGGCUUGGAAUACAGAUUCCGUGUUAGAGCCUCCAAUAUGAUAGGAGAUGGUGAGCCCAGAGAACUUCCUGAAUCAGUUGUUGCCAAAGACAUCUGCCUUCCCCCAGAAAUUGAACUUGAAGUUGGAUGCCGUGACCAUUUGACUGUCAGAGUAGGCCAGAAUAUUAACAUCAUAGCUCAUGUUAAGGCCAGACCUGAUCCAGAGAUUACAUGGAGCAAGGAUGGGGUAGUAUUAGAAAAAGAUAAACGCACUUCUUUAACUAAUAACUUCCCUCUUGUCAAUAUCAUCAUCAAAGAAGCAACACGAGUGGAUCAUGGAAAGUACUCAAUUAAGGCAAACAAUGACAGUGGUGAAGCACAAGCUACAAUUACGGUGAAUGUGCUUGACAGGCCUGGACAAUGUCAAGGUCUGAAGACUACCUAUGUCACUAAAGAUUCUUGCGUGGUAUCUUGGGAGAAUCCAGAAGACAAUGGAGGCACAGAAAUUACAAACUAUAUCGUUGAGUGCCGCGAGCCCAAUCAAAGAGCAUGGUCAAUGAUCUCAUCAGAUUGCACCAAACGCCUCCUUAAGGCAAAGCUUUUGGAAAAUCGUGAAUAUUUCUUCCGUGUCUGUGCAGAGAACAAAUGUGGCCUUGGACCAACAUUAGAGACUAAAACACCAAUCCUUGCCAUUGAUCCAAUUACAAAGCCUGGUGAGCCAGAAAACUUCCAUAUCACUGAUAUUGGCAAGAACUUUGUCUUCCUUAAAUGGCGAAGACCAGACUUUGAUGGUGGCAGUCCCAACCUUCGAUACCAUGUGGAAAGGAAAUCUAAAGAUGCUACUGAGUGGGAUAAACUGCACACAGGUGCAAUUAAAGAAACAUACUUUAUGGUUGACAAAUGUACUGAAAACCAAAUAUACCAAUUCAGAGUACAAACCACAAAUGAGGGUGGAGAGAGUAACUGGGUGAAGACUGCUGAGACACUUGUCAAAGAGGAAAUACAAAAACCCGUGCUUGACAUUAGGUUAGCUGGAGUCCUUGUGGUAAAAGCUGGUGACUCAAUCAGAAUGGAAGCAGGCCUCAGAGGGAAACCUCAACCCGAGGUUAAAUGGGUAAAGGACAAGGAUACAGGGGCAUCUGGACAGAAUCCCAGACUUAGUAUUGAAACUGGUGCUGACUAUUCCAAGUUCCUCAUGACUAAGUCUAGACGUGGAGACUCUGGAAAAUAUGUGGUCACUGCUACAAAUUCCGCUGGAAGCUUCACUGCUUAUGCAACUGUGAAUGUGCUGGAUAUUCCCGGUCCUGUCCGAGACUUGAAAGUGUCUGGAAUUUCUGUGGAUAGAUGUAGAGUUGUGUGGGAUCCCCCAGAGGAUGAUGGCGGCUGUGAGGUUCAAAGUUACAUUUUAGAGAAAUGUGAGACAAGAAGAAUGGUUUGGUCAACUUAUUCUGCAUCUUUAGUCACCAACUAUGCUAAUGUGACUCGCCUUGUGGAAGGAAAUGAAUACGUCUUCAGGGUGCGAGCAGAAAAUAAAAUGGGAACUGGCCCUGCAGUGGAGAGCAAGCCCAUUGUUGCCAAGACACAAUUCAACAGACCUGGUCCUCCUGAUGCACCAGAAAUAACUAAGAUUGGAAAGGAUGAAAUGACAGUUGUAUGGGCUCCCCCUGAGAAUGAUGGUGGAAAGUCCGUCACUGGCUAUAUUUUAGAGAAAAAGGAAAAACGAGCUGUGCGAUGGGUUGCAGUUACAAAGAGCCCUAUACCAGAAAGACGAAUGAAAGUUAGCAACUUGCUUCACAAUCAUGAAUAUCAGUUCCGUGUCAAGGCUGAAAAUGAAGUUGGAUUGGGAGAGCCAAGUAAACCUUCCCGACCUGUGGCCGCUAAGGACCCAAUUGAGCCUCCUGGUCCUCCGGCAAGUCUGAAGGUGGUUGACAGCACAACGUCCUCUGUCACACUUGGGUGGGCAAAGCCUGUGUAUGAUGGUGGUGCUCCCAUUAUUGGCUACAUGGUUGAAAUGAGACUGAAGGGUGAAAGUGAAAAGCCAGAUGAAGGCUGGGUGAAAUGUAAAACAGCUGGUCCAUUGAUCCUAACAGAAUUUACCAUUCAACACCUAGAUGAGAAAUUGGAGUAUGAAUUCCGUGUCUCAGCGCAAAAUCAGGUUGGCAUGGGUCGUCCUGCACAGCUUAAAGAUGCUGUUGUGCCAAAGGAAAUGCUAGAGGCACCUGAGAUAGAUUUGGAUGCCAGUCUGAGAAAGGUUCUUAAAGUUAGAGCUGGAUGUCCUAUCAGGCUCUUUGCCACAAUCAGAGGAAGACCCACACCCAAAGUUACCUGGAAAAGAGUCGGAAUUGAUAAUGUUAUCAGGAAGGGUCAUGUGGAUCUAGUUGACACAAUGACCUUUCUGGUUAUACCUGAAAGCACACGAGAGGACUCUGGAAAAUAUUCCUUAACACUUUCCAGCCCAGCUGGGGAGAAGGCUGUGUUUGUACAUGUGAAAGUCCUAGAUACUCCAGGACCUGUAGCAGAACUAGAAGCUACUGAUGUCACUAAGGUGUCUGCCCAGGUUACAUGGUCUCCUCCUGAGAACGAUGGUGGCAGUCCAGUCACACAUUAUACACUUGAGAAGCGUGAAGUUGACAGAAAGACAUGGACUAAUGUCACUAACGAUUUGAAAAAGACAAGUUUCAAAGUCACCAAUCUCACACCAACCACUGAAUACUAUUUCAGGGUAACUGCAGUUAACAAAUAUGGUCCUGGUGUGCCAAAAGAUUCUUCAAAGUCCUACCUGGCAACUGAUCCUAUCAGUGAACCUGACCCACCAAAGAAGAUGGACAUACUGGAAAUUACAAGAAACAGUGCAGUGCUAGGAUGGGUUAAACCACUGAGGGACGGAGGAGCAAAGAUCAAUGGUUAUGUAGUUGAUUACUUGGAGGAAGGUCAACCUGAGGACAAAUGGACACCAUACUCGGUUGUAAAAGAUUUAAGCAUCGUUGUUGUUGGACUGAAGGAGGGAAAGAAGUACAAAUUCAGAGUUGCUGCAAGAAAUGCAGUGGGCUGCAGUCUGCCAAGAGAAGCUGAGGGAAUGUUUGUGAUCAAAGAGCAGCUUUUGGCGCCAAAGAUUAUUAUGGCUGAAGUUGUGACUGCAAAGGCAGGAUCAAAGCUGAAAAUCGAGGCUCUAAUUUCUGGAAAGCCAGCUCCUGUUUGUAAAUGGAUGCAAGGAAAUGAGGAUCUUGUUACAUCCGAUCGCCUUUCACUGCAAAAAUCUCCAAACUGUUGUGUACUGCUUAUAAAAGAUGUCUCAAGAACGGACAGUGGUUACUAUAGUCUGUCUGCUGAGAACAGCUCAGGAAAAGUAAAUCAGAUACUCCGAGUGAUCAUAAUGGAUAUCCCUGGUCCACCAGAACCACCAUUUGAGAUUAGUGAUGUGGAUAUUGAUGGAUGCACACUCACCUGGCACGCACCUCGUGAAGAUGGUGGCAGCAACAUCACUAAUUAUGUUGUUGAGAAGUGUGAUGUGAGCAGUGGUGACUGGGUUACUGUUACCGCAUCUUGCACUGCAACAAACUGCAGAGUGGGCAAGCUCACCCAAGGAAACGAGUACCUAUUCCGUGUCCGAGCUGAAAAUCGAUUUGGCAUCUCAGCACCCAUUGUUUCUCAGAAGAUGAUUGCUAAAUUCUCUUUUGAUGUGCCUAGUGAACCAAGGAAUUGUUGUGUCAGCAAAAUCAACAGAGACAAUGUGUUUUUGACCUGGGACACACCAACUACUGAUGGUGGCAGUCCUAUUACUGGAUAUGUCAUUGAACGUAAAGAGAGAAACAGCAUCCUUUGGGUUAAGGCAACUGAAGCUGUUGUGCGUGCCACUGAACACACAUGUACUGGCCUUAUUGAAAGUUUGGAAUAUACUUUCAGGGUGUCAGCCGUCAACCGUGCUGGGCAGGGUAAACCAAGCAGACAGACAGAAUUCAUCACAGCAAGAACACCUAUUGAUCCACCUGGAAAACCAGAAGUCUUGGACGUGACCAGGAGUUCAGUUUCACUUGCCUGGGCCCGGCCAAAGAAUGAUGGAGGCAGCAAAAUCAUUGGAUAUUAUGUUGAAGCCUUGAAGAUUCCUGGAGAGAAAUGGGUGCGGUGCAAUGCAAACUGUAAGAAUGUGCCCGGGGAAGAGUAUAUUGCAACUGGACUAGAAGAAGGAGCCCAGUACCAGUUCAGAGUAAUUGCCAAGACAGCAAUAAACAUAAGCCUACCAUCUGAACUCUCAGAUCCAAUCCCAGUGUUAGCCGAGAAUGUUCCACCAAGAGUGGAGAUUGGACUUCACAUGAAGAACCUGAUCAUUGUGAAGGCAGGAGAAAAUGUUUGUCUUGAAGCUGAAGUGUUUGGUAAACCAAUGCCAAAGGUUACAUGGAAGAGAGAUGGGAAAUUGGUGGAAGAAGUUGAAGGGACCAAAAUGACACAAAAGAGGCAUCUGUUCCUUCUGGAAAUGUUCUCAGUGACAAGAAAAGAGACUGGAGAUUACACCAUUCUGGCAGAGAAUGCUAGUGGCAGCAAGACAGGGUCUAUUAAGCUGAAGGUUCUUGACAAGCCUGGACCACCAGCCUCUAUCAAGAUUGGCAAUGUGUAUUCAGACCGUGUCAAGCUGAGGUGGGAACCACCUCUUGCAGAUGGAGGAUCAGAAAUUACGAACUAUAUUGUGGACAAACGUGAAACAAGCAGAGCUAACUGGGCUCAAGUCACUGCUAAUAUCAAUGGCUCGCUCACUGACUGUUCCGUGGAGAAGCUGAUUGAAGGCCAUGAGUACCAAUUUCGCGUCAGUGCUGAGAACAAGUAUGGUGUUGGCGACCCCAUCCUGACUGAUCCUAUUGUGGCAAAGAAUCCAUAUGAUGUCCCUGGACCUUGUGAUCCUCCUGUUAUUACCAACAUCACAAAAGACCAUAUGACUGUCAGCUGGAAGGCACCUGCUGAUGAUGGCCGAUCCCCUAUACUUGGAUACAUGGUUGAGAAGCGUGAAAGCCAAGACAUAAAUUGGGCUAAAGUCAACAGAAGACUUGCGCUUGACAGAACUAUUAAGGCUGGUGGUCUUACAGAGGGAUCUGAGUAUGAAUUCAGAGUUACUGCUGUCAACAAAGCUGGGCCAGGCAAACCAAGUGAUCCAUCCAAAGCAGCUGCUGCACUUGAUCCUGUGUACCCCCCAGGACCACCAGCAUUCCCAAAAGUAAUUGACACAACACACAGUACAAUUAGUCUGUCCUGGACAAAACCAGCCUACGAUGGUGGCUGUGAGAUCUUAGGCUACCUGGUUGAGAGCAAGCGAGUAGAUUCUGAGGACUGGAUGAAGUGCAACCUACCCAAAAAUCUCCAAAACACGAAGUUUGUUGUGACUGGACUUCUUGAUAACAUAGAAUACCAGUUCCGUGUGUCUGCUGUGAACAGGAUUGGGUACAGUGAUCCAAGUGAUGUUCCAGAAAAACACUUUGCAAAGGACAUUUUGAUUGCUCCAGAGGCAGAACUUAGUGCUGACCUUAGGAAAGCCCUGGUGCUGCGUGCUGGAGUCACAAUGAGACUCUAUGUCCCACUGAGGGGCCGUCCUCCUCCAAAGGUGACCUGGGCUAAAGUUAAUGCAAACCUGAAGGAACGACAAGGGCACAUGAUUAAGACCUCAGAAUGGGACACUCUAUUAUAUGUUGAAGGUGUGAAUAGAUAUGAUGCAGGCAAAUACACCUUGACUCUGGAGAACAGCAGUGGAGUCAAGACCUACACAAUUGUUGUGAAGGUUCUUGACACUCCUGGACCACCAGUUAAUCUGAUUGUCAAGGAGACAUCAAAAGCCCAUGCAUCAAUCUCUUGGGAGGCUCCUCUAAUUGAUGGUGGUAGCCCUGUUAAGAGUUAUAUUGUUGAAAAACGUGAUGCUGAGAGAAAAGCAUGGUCUACAGUGGCAACUGAUUGCCCCAAAACAUCUUUCAGAAUUACUAAUUUGGAAGCAGGCAAAGCCUACUGUUUCAGAGUCUUGGCUGAAAAUGAACAUGGAAUUGGGGAGCCAUGUGAGACAGCAGGCGCUGUUAGAGCAUCUGAAAAACCUGGACCUGUUAUGGACUUUAAAGCCUUACUGAUCACCAAAGAUUCAUGCACCCUUAGCUGGAAGAAGCCAGUCAGUGAUGGUGGGAGUCACAUUAUUGCAUAUGUACUAGAAGUGAUGGAAGAUGUGGAUAAAUGGAAGGAGCUGGUGCGAUCAAAAAGCAUGCAAUACAAUGCCAAAGAUCUUGUGGAAGGAAAGCAAUAUUUAUUCAGAGUAAAAGCAGUGAAUGAGUCAGGAGAUGGUGCAACACAGGAGCUUAACGUUGUUGCCAAAGACCAAAUAGUCUUACCUGACGUUGACUUGAGAGACUUGCCAGAUAUGUGCUACACUGCAAAGGAGGGAACUACUGUGCGCCUCAAUAUUCCUAUAAUUGGCAAACCUGCACCCACUGUCACAUGGAAGAAGGGAGAUCUUACUUUAACAGACAGUGGAAGAAUCUCUGUUGACUCUACUGCUGUCAACACAACUCUGCUGAUACGGGAUUGUGAAAGGGGUGAUGCAUCAAAAUACUCCAUUAAUCUUGCAAACCGUGGAGGCACUAAGGAUGCAACUGUUCUUGUGAAGGUGGUCGGAAAACCCGGAAUACCCACGGGACCAAUCAAGUUUGAUGAAAUCACAGCAGAUGGAAUCACUUUGGAAUGGGGUGCACCAACAGAUGAUGGUGGAGCAGAAAUAUCCAAUUACAUUCUGGAGAAGAGGGUGUCAACAGCUAACAAGUGGACUACUUGUGCCUCAGCUAUACAGAAAACCAUCUUGAGAGUUACAAGGCUUCAUGAAGGAACUGAAUACAUCUUCAGAGUGGCUGCAGAAAACAAGUAUGGAGUUGGAGAAUUCCUCAAAUCCGAUCCUGUCAAGGCUGAGCAUCCAUUCGAUGUUCCAGAUGCACCACCUCCACCAAAAAUCCUGAGCAUCCGUAAUGAGUCUGCAAUACUGGCAUGGUCUGACCCCAGUAACACUGGUGGCUCUCCAAUUACUGGUUAUCAUGUUGAAUUCAAGGAAGCAAACAGUCUGAUGUGGAAGAGAGCAAGCAAGACCCCUCUAAGAAUGAAGGAAUACAGAGUGACUGGAUUAAUUGAAGGCAUUGAAUAUGAAUUUAGAGUCAUGGCUUUGAAUAUGGCAGGUGUAGGAAAGCCAAGUAAACCUACUGAGCUCGUUGUUGCACUGGACCCAAUUGAUCCUCCUGGUAAGCCUGAAGUUAUUAGCAUUACAAGAAACAGCGUGACACUUACCUGGACUCCACCCAAGUAUGAUGGUGGCCACAAACUGACCGGCUAUUUCGUUGAGAAACGAGAACUACCUUCAAAGACUUGGAUGAAGGCAAAUCAUGUGAAUAUCCAAGCUUGUGCAUUCACAGUGACAGAUCUACAAGAGGGCAGCAAGUACGAAUUCAGAAUACGAGCUAAGAAUGCAGCUGGAGCAAUAAGUGCACCAUCAGAGCAGACUGACACUCUUGUGUGCAAAGAUGAAUAUGAGCCACCAACCAUAACCAUGGAUCCAGCUGUGAAAGAGGGGCUUACUGUCAAAGCUGGAGACACUAUUGUAAUACAUGCAACAAGCAUACUUGGAAAACCACCUCCAACAUCUGUGUGGUCUAAAGGUGAAAGAGAGUUCAAGCCAUCAGAUACUGUCCAAAUAGCAAGCACUCCCACAUCUUCUACACUAUCAAUCAAGUAUGCCAGCAGGAGGAAUACUGGUGACUAUGUUAUUACUGCCAGCAAUCCAUUUGGCAUAAAACAGGAAUCUGUUAAAGUAAAGGUUCUUGAUGUACCUGGACCCCCUGGACCUAUUGAGGCAAGCAGUGUGUCUGCUGCAAAGGUCACAUUAACUUGGCUGCCACCAGAUGAGGAUGGAGGCUCUGCCAUCAAAUGUUACACUCUUGAGAAGAGGGAAACCAGUCGCCUUCUUUGGACUGUGCUUGCUGAGAAUGUAAUGGACUGUCGGUUUGUUGCCAGCAAGCUUAUCCAGGGCAAUGAAUAUAUCUUCCGUGUCUCAGCUGUGAACCAGUAUGGUACUGGUGAUGCAACACAGUCUGGCCCAGUAAAAAUGGUGGAUAGCUUUGGCCCACCAGGUCCUCCAUCAAAACCAGAAAUUGACAAUGUGAGCAAGAACUCUGUCACCAUUUCAUGGAAGAGACCAGUUAAUGAUGGAGGAAGUGAUAUCAGAGGCUACAGUGUUGAAAGAAAGGAAAGGAAAGGUUUACGAUGGGUUAGAGCAUCAAAGAAAACCAUCUCUGACCUCAGAUGCAAAGUUCAAAAUCUCACUGAAGAAGUUGAAUAUGAAUUCCGAGUCACAGCAGAAAAUAAAGCUGGCUUCGGAGAACCCAGUGAACCAUCACAACCUGUGUUGACUAAGGAUGUAACGUAUGUACCAGGGCCGCCAUCCAACCCAAGAAUUACUGAUACUACCAAAACUACAGCCACGUUCAACUGGGGCAGACCUCACUAUGAUGGUGGUCUUGACAUCAUAGGAUAUAUUGUUGAGCACAAAAAGGAUGGAGAUGAAGACUGGAUUAAAGACACUACUGGCACUGCAUUACGAAUUACUGAAUUUGUUGUUCCAAACCUGCAGCCAGGAGGAAAGUAUAAUUUCAGAGUCAGCGCAAUUAAUGCUGAAGGAGUUGGUGAACCUGCUCAAGUUGAAGAACUUGUUGAAGUUGUGGAUCGUGAGGAAAUUCCAGACUUUGAACUUGAUGCUGAACUAAGAAGAACCCUUGUUGUAAGGGCUGGAGGCUCCAUCCGUAUUUUUGUUCCAAUUAAAGGUCGUCCAACCCCUGAAUUAACCUGGACGAAAGAAGACAUACCUCUAAAAGGACAUGCUCACAUUGAUACCACUGAGUCAUAUACUCUUCUGGUUAUCCCUGAAUGCUCAAGAAAAGAUGCUGGAAAAUACGUUUUGACGUUAGAAAAUGUUGCUGGCAAAAAAACAGGAUUUGUCAAUGUUCGAAUUUUAGAUUCGCCUGGACCUCCAAUCAACUUGAAGCCAAGAGAAAUUAAUAAGGAUUGUAUUACCCUCCAGUGGGAAAUCCCUAUUAUUGAUGGCGGCUCAAAGAUUACUAAUUACAUCAUUGAGAAGCGUGAGGCUACACGAAAGGCAUUCUCCACAAUAAAUGCAAACUGGCAGAAAUGUUCUUUUAAAGUUCCAAAUCUGACAGAAGGAUCAGAGUACUACUUCAGAGUAACUGCUGAAAAUGAAUAUGGCAUUGGUCAGCCUGCUGAAACUCCUGAACCAAUCAGAGCAUCUGAAGCACCUGCAGCUCCUGAUAACCUUAUUGUCUCAGAUGUCACCAAGGACUCUGCAAGUCUUUCUUGGACAAAACCAAAGCACGAUGGUGGCAGUAGAAUUACUGGAUAUGUCAUUGAAGCUCAGAAAAAGGACGCAGAACAGUGGUCCCAUGUUACGACGGUGAAGGCUCUAGAUUAUACCGUUAAAAAUCUAAGUGAAAAUGAGGAGUAUGUAUUCAGAGUAAUGGCAGUCAACAGUGCUGGCAGAAGUCAUCCUCGCGACAGUAGGCCUACUCUCAUUAAGGAACAAACCAUGGCACCUGAAUUUGACCUACGUGGAGUUUACCAGAAAUUAGUCAUUGCCAGGGCAGGUGAUAAUGUGAAGAUUGAGAUACCUGUUUUGGGUCGUCCUAAACCAUCCGUUUCUUGGAAGAAAGGGGAUAAAGAUCUUAAGCAAACACAGCGUAUAAAUGUUGAAAAUACUCCAACUUCAACGAUCUUGAAUAUUAGUGAAUGCAAAAUGAAGGAUGGUGGUCAGUACUCUAUGACAGGAAAGAAUAUACUUGGCACAGUGACAGAAGUCAUUACAGUUGAAGUUCAUGACCUCCCUGGGCCCCCCAAGGGACCAAUUAAGUGGGAUGAAAUUUCCUGUGACCACAUCAUAACAUCUUGGGAUUCUCCAGAGUAUGAUGGUGGCGUACCAAUUAGCAAUUACAUUGUUGAAAUGCGAGAAACCACAGGUACAUCAUGGGUAGAAUUAGCUGCAACUGUCAUCCGAACAACAUUUAAGGCUGCACGUCUUAUCACAGGUGUAGAAUAUCAGUUCCGUGUUAAAGCACAAAAUAGAUAUGGCAUUGGCCCUGCAAUCAUCUCAGAAGCCGUGGUUGCUGCUUAUCCAUUCACUGUGCCUGAGGCACCAGGCACUCCACAAGUCAUAGCCUUUACUAAAGACACCAUGACAAUUAGUUGGAAUGAACCACCUUCUGAUGGUGGAAGCCACAUCUUGGGAUACCACAUUGAAAGGAAAGAGAGGAAUAGUAUUUUGUGGCAAAGGAUCAGUAAAGCCCUGUUGGUGGGAAAUAUUUUCAAAUCUACAGGACUGACAGAUGGUAUUGCUUAUGAAUUCCGUGUUGCAGCUGAAAACAUGGCAGGUAUAGGAAAGCCAAGCAAGUCAUCAGAGCCAAUGUUUGCCCUUGAUCCAGUGGAUCCACCUGGUAAGCCAGUAGCACUCAACAUUACAAGACAUGCAGUGACUCUUCAGUGGACAAAGCCUGAAGGUGAUGGUGGGUUCUCAAUAACUGGCUACACAGUAGAGAAGAAGGACUUACCUAAUGGACGCUGGCUGAAGGCAAAUUUCAGCAACAUCCUGGAGACCACAUUCACUGUAAGUGGACUGAAAGAAGAGUCUUCCUAUGAAUUCCGUGUCCUUGCCAGGAAUUCUGCUGGUGCUGUAAGUAACCCUUCUGAGCCAUCAGACCCCAUCACCUGCAGAGAUGACAUUGAGGAGCCAAGGAUAACAGUUGAUGCUAAAUUCAAUAACGUCAUAGUGAAAGCAGGCGAUAUCUUCAAACUUGAGGCUGAUGUUACUGGCCGACCACUGCCAUCCAUGGUUUGGACUAAAGAAGGAAAGGAACUUGAAGAUACUGCUAAAUUAGAAAUUAAAACAACAGAUUUUUCGACGGUUUUGAUUAACAAAGACUCUUUACGAAGGGAUGGAGGUACAUUCACUUUAACUGCUAGUAACCCUGGUGGUUUUGCUAAACACGUUUUCACUGUGAAAGUUCUUGAUAGACCAGGUCCACCUGAUGGACCAUUAGCCGUGACAGAUGUCACAGCUGAAAAAUGUUUCUUGUCAUGGUUACCACCUUCACAUGAUGGGGGAGCAAAGAUUGAACAUUAUAUCAUUGAAAAAAGGGAAACAAGUAGACUUGCAUGGACAAAUGUAGCAGCAGACUUACAAGUUAACCGAUUUAAAGUGACAAAGUUGCUGAAAGGAAAUGAAUACAUCUUCAGAGUCAUGGCUGUCAAUAAGUAUGGUGUUGGGGAGCCCCUUGAAUCAGAGCCGGUUAUUGCAGCAAACCCAUAUGUGCUUUCUGAUCCUCCACAAACACCGGAAGUAACAACCAUCACAAAGGACUCAAUGGUUGUUUGCUGGGGACAUCCUGAAAACACAGGUGGAAGCAAUAUUUCCAACUAUGUUAUUGAAAGAAGAGACAAAACUGGUCUUCGCUGGGUUAAAUGUAACAAGAGGACUGUAACUGAUUUGAGAUACAAAGUGUCUGGGCUCACAGAGGGACAUGAAUAUGAAUACAGAAUUAUUGCUGAGAAUGCUGCAGGCUUAAGUGCACCCAGUCCUUCAAGUCCAUUUUAUAAAGCCUGCGAUACAAUAUUUCAGCCAGGUCCUCCUGGUAACCCAAGAAUACUUGACACAACAAAGUCAUCCAUUACUCUUGCAUGGAACAAGCCAGUAUAUGAUGGUGGUUCUGAUAUCACAGGAUACAUAGUUGAGACCUGCCUUCCUGAGGAAGAUGAAUGGACAGUUGCAACUCCCAAGGCAGGAUUAACAUCAACAUCUUUUACCAUUACUAACCUGAAAGAAAAUCAGGAAUACAAAAUCAACAUUUCAGCUAUCAACUGUGAAGGUGUUGGGGAGGCAGCCUCUGUUCCUGGAUCACCAAAGGCAGAGGACAGGCAGCUUUCUCCAGAAAUUGAGCUUGAUGCUGAUCUUCGAAAGGUGGUGAGCAUCCGAGCUUGCGGCACAUUGAGACUGUUUGUACCGAUAAAAGGAAGACCAGCUCCUGAAGUAAAAUGGUCAAGAGAACAUGGGCAGCCUCUUGACAGAGCAAUGAUUGAGAGUACAACAUCUUUCACAUUACUAGUCCUUGAAAAUGUUAGUAGAUUUGACAGUGGAAAAUAUAUGCUAACAGUAGAGAACACCUCAGGAAGCAAGACAGCAUUUGUGAAUGUUAGAGUACUGGAUACCCCUGCAGCCCCUCAAAAUCUCAUGAUAAAGGAAGUUACCAAAGAAUCAGUCUUUCUCACAUGGGAUCCACCUCUCAUUGAUGGUGGGUCAAGAAUUAAGAAUUAUAUUGUGGAAAAACGAGAAUCAGCAAGAAAAGCGUACUCCACUGUAACAGCAAGUUGCAAUAAAACAAGCUGGAAAGUUGGACAACUCCAGGAGGGAACCAACUAUUUCUUCAGGAUUUUAGCUGAAAAUGAGUUUGGCAUUGGUCUUCCUAUUGAAACACAUGAGUCCAUCAAAGUAUCUGAAAAGCCACUUCCACCAGGCAAAGUCACUCUUAAAGAUGUCACUAGUAAUAGUGUAACUCUGUCAUGGGAAAAACCAGACCAUGAUGGAGGAAGCAGAAUAACAGGAUAUAUCGUUGAAAUGCAAAGUAAAGGAAGUGAGAAAUGGAUACAAUGUAUGGUUGUGAAAGUAACUGAAGCAGUGGUUACAGGCUUAAUUCAAGGUGAAGAAUAUAUGUUCCGCAUAUCGGCUUGUAAUGAGAAAGGAUCAAGUGAUCCUCGCCAGCUUAAUGUUCCAGUAGUUGCUAAGGAUCUUGUGAUAGUUCCUGCAUUCAAGCUGUUUUUCACCACAUUCAGUGUUCUCGCUGGAGAUGACUUAAAGGUUGAUGUUCCUUAUGUUGCUCGUCCAAAAGCAGUUGUCACUUGGCACAAAGAUGGCACAGCUCUCAAGGAAACAACCAGAGUUCAUGCUCAAACCGCAGAAAGGAAUUUGUAUCUUGUGAUAAAGGAGGCAUGCAGAGACGAUGUUGGACAGUACACAAUCAAACUUUCAAAUGCAGUUGGUGAAGCAACAACAGAUAUAAGAGUUGUUGUUCUUGACAAGCCUGGCCCUCCAACUGGACCAAUCAAAAUAGAAGAAGUCACUGCUGACAGUGCAGUUCUAUCUUGGCAGCCCCCAGAAUAUGAUGGUGGAUGUUCUAUCAAUAACUACAUUGUAGAAAAGAGAGAUACAUCAACUACAAACUGGCAAAUUGUGUCUGCAACUGUGGCUAGAACAACAAUUAAAGCAGCAAGGUUAAAGACUGGCUGUGAGUAUCAGUUCAGAAUUGCAGCUGAAAACAGAUAUGGAAAGAGCUCUGUGCUUGUCUCAGAUUAUGUGGUUGCUCAGUACCCAUUCCAAGUCCCAGCUCCUCCAGGAACACCCUCUAUAAAUGCUUCUACAAAGGACAGCAUGGUAGUGGUGUGGACUAAACCAAAUAAUGAUGGUGGAAGCAAGAUAUUGGGAUAUAACCUUGAAAGUAAGGAAAGAAACAGUAUUCUUUGGAUGAAACAAAACAAGACACUAAUUCAAGACACACGGUUCAAAGUCACUGGCCUUGAAGAAGGACUUGAAUAUGAAUACAGAGUUUAUGCAGAAAAUAUUGCGGGCAUUAGCAAGCCCAGCAAAUUGUCAGAAUGCCAUGUUGCAAGAGAUCCUUGUGAUCGCCCUGGCACCCCAGAGGCUGUUAUUGUCACAAGGAGUUGUAUUACACUAAGGUGGACAAAGCCACAAUAUGAUGGAGGCAGCAUAGUUACUGGAUAUAUUGUGGAGAAAAAGGAAUUACCUGAAGGGCGCUGGAUGAAGGCCAGUUUCACAAAUGUUAUUGAAACUGAGUUUGUUGUGACUGGUUUAGUUGAAGACCAGAGAUAUGAGUUCCGUGUCAUUGCAAGAAAUGCUGCAGGUGUGCACAGCGAUCCAUCAGACAGCACUGGACCUAUCACUGCAAAGGAUGAAGUUGAUCCACCACGUAUUAAUAUUGAUUCACAAUAUUCUCAAACUAUCGUUGUAAAUGCUGGAGAAACCUUCAAAAUCGAUGCUGAAGUCUUUGGCAAACCAGUACCCACAAUACAUUGGAUAAAGGGAGACCAAGAGCUGGCAAAUACAGCACGCCUUGAUAUUAAAAAUACAGACUUCACCACAAGCUUAACUGUGAAGGAAGCUAUCCGCAUUGAUGGAGGUCAAUAUACUCUUCUACUAAAAAAUGUUGGUGGAGAAAAAUCUGUUAAUGUCAGUGUCAAAGUUUUAGAUCGACCUGGUCCACCCGAAGGCCCCAUUUCCAUCUACGGUGUCACAAGUGAUAAGUGCAGCAUUGCUUGGAAACCACCACAGCAAGACGGUGGCAGUGACAUAUCUCAUUAUAUUGUUGAAAGGAGGGAGACAAGCAGAUUAGUCUGGACAGUUGUUGAAUCAAAGGUAGUGACAUUAAAUCUAAAAAUAACAAAACUUUUGCCUGGAAAUGAAUACAUCUUCCGUGUAUUAGCUGUGAAUAAAUAUGGGGUUGGUGAGCCUCUUGAAUCUGAUGCCGUAAUUGCUAAAAAUCCAUUUGUAACUCCUGAUCCCCCUACGGGUGUUGAAGUUUCAACUGUUACAAGUGACUCAAUGGUUGUAACCUGGGAAAGACCUUCAAAUGAUGGUGGAAGUGAAAUUACUGGAUUCAUUAUUGAAAAACGAGAUAAAGAGGGAGUGAGAUGGACCAAAUGCAAUAAACGUGUAGUUAGUGAGCUGCGCUUUAGAGUCACUGGACUUCUUGAAAACCGCAGCUAUGAAUUCAGAGUUGCAGCUGAGAAUGCAGCUGGAGUAGGACAACCAAGCUCCCCUUCUAUUUACUAUAAGGCCUUAGAUCCAAUUUUCAAACCAGGUCCUCCAAAUAAUCCUAAAGUGACUGAUGUGUCAAGAACUUCAGUUUUCCUUGUAUGGGGCAAACCUAUUUAUGAUGGUGGUUCUGAGAUUCAGGGAUAUAUUGUUGAGAUGUGUGAGGCCACAUCUGACGAAUGGAUAAUGUGCACUCCACCAACAGGAAUUAAACAGGCGAGAUUUGAGGUUGAAAAACUUCAAGAAAAACAUGAAUACAAAUUCAGAGUUUGUGCAAUAAACAAAGCUGGUGUUGGAGAGCAUGCUGGUAUUUCUGGAAAGAUUCUUGUUGAAGACAAAAUGGAGGCUCCAGAUUUGGAACUUGAUCCUGAUCUCAGAAAGAUGAUCAGUGUAAGAGCUGGAGGUUCUCUCAGAUUAUUCAUUCCUAUCAGAGGGCGGCCUACUCCUGAGGUCAAAUGGGGCAAAGUUGAUGGUGAAAUCAGGGACACAGCACUGAUUGACACUACUAGCAGUUACACAUCUCUAGUAAUUGAAAAUGUAGAUAGGUUUGACAGUGGAAAGUAUACAGUCACUGCAGAAAAUGUCAGUGGAACAAAGUCUGCUUUCAUCAGUGUAAGAGUGCUUGAUACACCAAGUGCACCUGUUAACUUUACUGUGAAGGAAAUAACAAAACAGUCUGUAACACUUACUUGGGAACCUCCUGCAUUGGAUGGCGGGGCCAAAAUAAAAAAUUAUAUUGUUGAGAAACGUGAAAGCACAAGAAAGGCUUAUUCAACUGUUGUCACUGACUGCCAUAAAAUGUCAUGGAGGAUUGAACCACUUCAAGAGGGGUGCAGCUAUUUCUUUAGGGUUCUUGCUGAAAAUGAACAUGGUGUAGGCUUACCAGCUAAAACUCCAGAACCUCUGAAGGUAUCAGAAGUGCCACAACCUCCUGGCAAAAUCACUGUUGUUGAUGUAACACGUAAAAGUGUUUCAUUAGCUUGGGAAAAACCUGAACAUGAUGGUGGUAGCAGAAUUAUUCACUACAUUGUGGAAAUGCAGACGAAAGGUGAUGAGAAAUGGUCUGCGUGUGCACAAGUGAAAACACUUGAGGCAGUUAUCAGCAAUUUAGCCCAGGGAGAAGAAUACAUGUUCAGAGUUAUUGCUGUGAAUGACAAAGGUCAGAGUGACCCAAGGAUCCUUGCGAUGCCAGUUCAAGCCAAGGAUCUUGUUAUUGAACCAAAUGUGAGACCAGCUUCCAGCAACUACAGUGUUCAAGUUGGUCAUGACCUCAAAGUUGAAAUACCAAUUGCUGGGCGUCCUAAACCAGUCAUUGUUUGGACAAAGGAUGGCUCAGCUCUUAAACAGACAACAAGAGUUCAUGUUGUUGAUACUGAACACCACACAACUCUAAGCAUAAAAGAAGCAACAAGAGAGGAUGGUGGUAUUUACAAUAUUGGCGUGUCAAAUGUUCUUGGACAAAAAGAGGCAAAUAUUGAAAUCAUCACACUUGAUAAACCUGGCCCACCAGUUGGCCCUGUGAGGUUUGAUGAAGUCAGUGCAGAAAGCAUAACAAUGUCUUGGGACCCACCAGCAUAUAUUGGUGGCUGCCAGAUAUCAAACUAUGUUGUGGAAAAGAGAGACACAACUACUACCAACUGGAACAUUGUUUCUGCCACAGUGGCAAGAACUACACUGAAGGUGUCUAAUCUGAAAACAGGAACGGAAUAUCAAUUCAGAAUCUUUGCUGAAAAUCGGUAUGGCAAAAGUUAUGCUCUGGACACUGAAGCUGUUAUUGCACAAUAUCCUUACAAAGAACCUGGUCCACCAGGGACCCCAUUUGUCUCGUCAUUCUCAAAGGAUUUCAUGGUUGUGGAAUGGCACAAACCGAUAUCAGAUGGAGGAAGUAGCAUAAUUGGUUACCAUCUGGAAAGAAAGGAGAAAAACAGUAUCCUCUGGACAAAGAUUAAUAAGUUACUCAUACAAGAUACCCGCUUUAAAAACAGUCCUUUGGAAGAAGGUAUUGAAUAUGAGUUCCGAGUCUAUGCUGAGAAUAUUGUUGGCAUAGGAAAAUGCAGCAAAGUGUCUGAGGGCUGUGUUGCACGUGACCCGUGUGAUCCACCUGGCACCCCAGAAGCCAUCCUAGUAAAUAGGCACUCUGUAACACUUCAGUGGGCUAAGCCUGUGUAUGAUGGUGGCAGUCUGAUAACUGGUUAUGUUGUGGAGAAACGAGACCUUCCUGAUGGACGCUGGAUGAAGGCUAGCUUUACAAAUGUGAUUGAAACAACAUUUGUAGUAACUGGCCUGAUUGAAGACUGCAAGUAUGACUUUAGAGUCAUUGCCAAGAAUGCAGCUGGAAGCAUCAGUAAACCGUCUAAUAGCACUGGUUCCAUCACUGCAAAGGAUGAAGUUCAGCCACCAAUAUUCUCUAUUGAUUCAGAAUACAGUCAGCUUAUUGUUGUUAAUGCAGGAGAUACAUUUAAACUUGUUGCUGAUGUACAAGGAAAACCAGUGCCCACAGCCCAAUGGUUUAAGGGCGAUAAAGAGCUUGACAAUACAGCUAGAUAUGAAAUUAAGAACACAAAUUUCAAGGCAAUGAUUGUUAUUAAAGAUGCGAUCAGAAUUGAUGGUGGACAAUAUAAUCUGCACCUCACAAAUGUAGCUGGCUCAAAAACCAUUCCUUUCCAGGUCAAAGUACUUGACAGACCAGGACCGUCUCAAGGGCCGCUUAACAUCACUGGUGUAACUUGCGAGAAAUGCACACUUUCAUGGCUUCCUCCUCAACAUGAUGGAGGCAGCAAUGUUUCUCAUUACAUUGUUGAGAAGAGAGAAACAAGCCGUCUUGCUUGGACUGUAGUUGACAGUGAUUGCAAAGCUUCUAUUCUCAAAGUAACAAAGCUUCUUAAAGGAAAUGAAUACAUCUUCCGUGUCAUGGCUGUCAAUAAAUAUGGCACUGGUGAACCUUUAGAGUCUGCACCAGUGCUAAUGAGAAACCCCUUUGUACCACCUGGAUCUCCAAAAGAUCUGGAAGUAACAAAUGUGGCAAGGGAUUCAAUGACAGUUUGCUGGUCCAGACCAGAGACUGAUGGUGGAAGUGAAAUUGUUGGCUUCAUCAUCGAGAAGAGAGACAGAGCUGGGAUCCGAUGGACAAAAUGCAACAAGCGUAGAGUCACAGAUUUACGAUUUAGAGUAACAGGGUUGACGGAGGAUCAUGAUUAUGAAUUUAGGUUAUCUGCUGAAAAUGCAGCUGGAGUUGGACAACCAAGUAUACCAACAGAGUACUACAAAGCCUGUGAUCCAAUGUUCAAACCUGGCCCCCCAGGUAAUGCACACGUGGUAGAUACCACCAAAAAUGCAAUUUCAAUAGCAUGGGCUAAACCAAUUUAUGAUGGUGGCAGUGAGAUUCAGGGAUAUGUUGUGGAAAUAUGCAAAGCUGAUGAGGAGGAAUGGACUAUGUGCACACCACCAAGUGGCCUAUGUGUUAAUAAAUUUGACAUUACUAAACUCACAGAACACCAGGAAUACAUGAUCCAAAUAUGUGCCAUCAACAAGAUGGGUGUUGGUGAACCAGCUGCUAUUCCUGGAAUAGUUAAACCUGUAGAUAAAAUGCUUGCCCCAGAAAUUGAACUAGAUUCAGAGCUAAGGAAAGGAAUUGUUGUCCGAGCUGGAGGAUCCAUGAGGAUCAACGUACCUUUCAAAGGAAGACCAACUCCAGAGAUUAACUGGUCUAAAGAUGAAGGGGAUUUGCCUGAAAAGGUACAAAUUGAGAAAGGCCUGAACUAUACCCAGCUUUCAGUUGAUAUUUGUGACAGGAACGAUGCUGGAAAAUAUAUUCUUAGUUUGGAAAACAGCAGUGGUUCAAAGUCUGCAUUUGUAUCUGUUAAAGUUCUGGACACACCAGGAGCACCCAUUAACCUUGCUGUUAGAGACAUCAAGAAAGACUCUGUUACUCUUGUUUGGGAGCCACCUUUGAUAGAUGGAGGUGGAAAGAUAAAGAACUAUAUUGUUGACAAGCGUGAAUCAACCAGAAAAGCAUUUUCCAAUGUGACUGAUAAGUGCACUAAAACAAGCUUUAGAAUGGUAAAUCUCACUGAAGGAGCUAUAUAUUAUUUCAGAGUUAUGGCUGAGAAUGAAUAUGGAGUUGGCUUGCCUGUUGAAACCGCAGAUUCAGUUAAGACAUCAGAGGCUCCUCUGCCAGUAGGAAAAGUAACUUUGACUGAUGUAACUAAAACCACUGCCUCACUAACAUGGGAAAAACCAGAUCAUGAUGGUGGCAGCAGAAUUAUGGGUUACUUAAUUGAAAUGCAGCCAAAAGGAUCAGAUACAUGGGCUGUAGCUACAACAACAAAAACAUGUGAAGGCACUGUAAGUGGACUAAGUUCUGGUCAAGAAUAUUUAUUCCGUAUUGUGGCCUAUAAUGAGAAAGGCAACAGUGACCCAAGGGCUUUAGCCACUCCUGUUAUUGCCAAAGAUGUGACUAUUGAACCAGGCUUCAAAAUUACAUUCAACACCUUCAGUGUUCAAUCUGGUGAAGAUCUAAAAAUUGAAAUUCCAGUCACUGGUCGUCCAACACCUAAGAUUACUUGGAAAAAAGAUGGACAUGCACUAAAAGAGACAACAAGAGUAAAUGUUUCUAGCACAUCAUCCACAACCAUUCUUCAUAUUAAAGAAGCUAACAGAGAUGAUACUGGCAAGUACACAAUCACUGCUGCAAAUAGUGCUGGUUCCCUAACAGAAGAAAUUGGAAUUGUUGUUCUUGAGAAACCUGGUCCGCCAACUGGUCCCGUGAAGAUUGAUGAAGUAAGUUCCAACUUUGUCACCAUUUCAUGGGAACCACCACUAUACACAGGAGGAUGUCAAAUAAAUAAUUACAUUGUUGAAAAACGAGACACAACGACAACAGUCUGGCAAAUUGUAUCUGCAACAAUUGCAAGGACAACUAUCAAAAUUACAAAGUUGAAAACAGGUUCAGAAUAUCAAUUCAGAGUCUUUGCUGAAAACAGAUAUGGAAAAAGUUCCUCAAUAGACUCUGAAGCAGUUGUUGUACGGUAUCCUUUCAAUGAACCUGGGCCACCCAGUGUCCCAGUUGCCACAUCAGUGACAAAAGACCACAUGGUUAUUGAAUGGAAAGCACCUGUUAACAAUGGUGGCAGUCCAGUUCUAGGCUAUCAUCUUGAACGGAAAGAAAAGAACAGCCUUCUGUGGACUAAAUUGAACAAGCAUCUAAUUCCUGACACUCGAUUUAAGACAAAUGGUCUUGAAGAAGGUAUUGAAUAUGAAUACAGAGUCUACGCUGAAAAUAUUGUUGGCAUUAGCACAGCAAGCAAAGUUUCAGGAUGCUUUGUCGCCCGUGACCCAUGUGAUGCACCUGGUACUCCUGAAGCUAUUGUUAUCACCAGAAACCAUGUGACACUUCAAUGGACAAAGCCACAAUAUGAUGGUGGCAGUAUAGUGACUGGAUAUAUUGUGGAGCGGAAAGACUUACCUGAAGGUCGGUGGAUGAAGGCCAGCUUUGCCAACAUAAUUGAGACUGAAUUUACAGUAACAGGUUUAACAGAAGACCAAAGGUAUGAAUUUAGGGUAAUUGCAAGGAAUGCAGCUGGCAUAUUUAGUCAGCCCUCUGAAAGCACUGGACCAAUCACUGCAAUAGAUGAGAUUGAAAGCCCAACUGUGUCAAUGGAUCCAAAAUACAAAGAUAUUAUUAUUGUUAAUGCAGGUGAAACUUUUGUUAUUGAUGCUGACAUCUUUGGAAAACCAGUGCCUGAUGUGACAUGGUUAAAGGAUGGAAAAGAAAUUGAUAAGACUACUCCAAGAAUGGAAAUCAAAACCACCAUUCAACGUACUCUGCUCAUAGUUAAAGACUGCAUUAGAGUGGAUGGAGGACAUUAUGUGCUCAGUCUUAGCAAUGUUGGUGGAACAAAAACAAUGCCGGUCACUGUUAAGGUUCUCGAUAGACCUGGUCCACCUGAUGGCCCACUCAAAGUGACUGGUGUCACUGCUGAGAAGUGCUAUCUAUCCUGGAGCCAUCCUUCACAUGAUGGUGGUGCUAGUAUCUCUCAUUACAUAAUUGAAAAGAGAGAAACCAGUCGUUUAUCUUGGACUGUUGUUGAAUCUAAAAUACAAGCUGUGAGUCACAAAGUGACCAAACUCUUGACAGGCAAUGAGUACAUUUUUAGAGUCAUGGCAGUUAACAAAUAUGGCAUAGGUGAGGCCCUUGAAUCUGAGCCAGUAAUAGCACGUAACCCAUUCAAACCACCAGGUGCCCCUUCCAUACCUGAAGCAAGCGCUAUAACAAGGGAUUCUAUCGUCUUGACAUGGGAUCGUCCAGAAGAUAAUGGUGGGUCAGAAAUUGAGAGCUACAUCCUAGAGAAGCGUGACAAACAAGGCAUUAGAUGGACCAAGUGUAACAAGAAAAGAUUGACUGACUUACGAUUUAGAGCAACCGGACUUACAGAAGGACAUUCCUAUGAGUUCCGUGUUUCUGCUGAAAAUGCUGCUGGUGUGGGACAACCAAGUGAACCUUCAGAAUUAUAUAAGGCCUGUGAUGCCAUCUAUCCUCCUGGUCCACCAAAUAAUCCUAAAGUAACAGACUACUCCAGUACAACUGUGUCCCUCUCUUGGGGAAAACCCAUCUAUGAUGGUGGUGCUGAAAUAAAGGGAUACAUUGUUGAGAUGAAAGAAGUUACUGAAGAUGAAUGGACUACAUGCACACCUCCAACUGGUGUACAAGAAACAAAGUAUACCGUGACAAGACUGAAGGAAAAUGCUGAAUAUAAUUUCCGCAUCUGUGCUAUUAACCUUGAAGGUGUAGGGGAACAUGUUGAUGUGCAGGGCUCGGUGAUUGCAGCAGAAAAACUUUACGCACCUGAGAUUGAACUUGGAGCAGACCUUAGGAAAGUUGUCUCUGUUCGUGCAAGUGGAACACUUCGCCUUUUUGUCACAAUCAGAGGACAUCCUGAACCUGAAGUGAAGUGGACUAAAGCAGAGGGUCUUCUGUCUGAACGUGCACAAAUUGAGGUGACAAGUUCAUACACUAUGCUUGUCAUUGACAAUGUCAACAGAUUUCAUGGUGGGAAAUAUGUUUUGACUCUUGAAAAUAACAGCGGCACAAAAUCAGCAUUUGUCAAUGUCAGAGUACUGGACUCACCAAGUGCCCCUCAGAACUUUGAAGUUAAGGAUAUAAAGAGAGAUUCUGUAAAUCUUUCUUGGGAGCCUCCUCUUAUUGAUGGUGGUGCUAAAAUAACCCACUACAUUGUGGAGAAACGAGAAUCUAAUAGAAUGGCAUAUACCACUGUCACAAACAGCUGUGUCAGGAAUUCAUUCAAAGUUGAUGAGCUUCAGCAGGGAGGUAUUUAUUACUUCCGUGUUCUGGCUGUCAAUGACCAUGGUGUUGGUUUAGCAGCUGAAACUAAAGAUCCAACAAAAGUUUCUGAAGCUCCUUUAUCACCGGGUAAAGUUACACUUGUAGAUGUGACUCGCAAAAGUGUAACUCUUUCUUGGGAGAAGCCUGAUCAUGAUGGUGGCAGCAAAAUCGUAUGCUACAUAGUAGAAAUGCAAACUAAGGGAAGUGACAAGUGGACUGUGUGCUCUUCAGUUAAAGCACUGGAAGCAACCAUCGAUGGCCUUACAGCAGGGGAAGAAUACUCCUUCAGAAUAAUUGCUGUAAAUGACAAAGGGAAGAGUGAUCCCAAACAACUUGGUGUCCCUGUGAUUGCUAAGGACAUUCAAAUUGAACCUAUCAUUGAUUUGCUGUUUAACACAUUCAGCGUCAAAGCAGGAGAUGAUCUCAGAAUUGAUGUUCCAUUUAGAAGCAGACCUGCACCUGAUGUUGCCUGGAAGAAAAAUGGUCUCCCAUUAAAGCAGACAAUCAGAGUAAAUGUUCUCUCAUCCAAGACUUCAAGUAAAAUUACCAUUAAAGAUGCUUCCAGGGAAGAUGUUGGGAAAUAUGAAAUCACAUUGGCCAACACAGUAGGCACCAAAACAGCUGAAAUUAACAUUGUUGUUCUUGACAAACCUGGCCCACCAGGUGCAAUCAGAAUAGAUGAAGUCAGCGCUGAUUUUAUGUCAUUAUCAUGGGACCCGCCAGAGUACGAUGGAGGAUGUCAGAUCAACAACUAUAUUGUAGAGAAGAGGGAUACUACGACCACAAAUUGGCAAAUUGUUUCAGCCACAGUUGCAAGAACAUCAGUUAAAGUUUCCAGAUUGACACAGGGCUCGGAAUAUCAGUUUCGUAUUUGUGCUGAAAAUCGCUAUGGAAAGAGUCAAUGUGUAGAUUCCCAAUGCAUUGUUGCACAGUAUCCAUUCAUGCCACCAGGUUCACCAACAAAGGUCCAUGUUGCCCAUGCAACAAAGACAUGCAUGCUUGUCAAAUGGAACAUACCAGCAAGUGAUGGUGGAAGUGCUGUUCUUGGAUAUCACCUAGAAUUUAAAGAACAGAGCAGUAUUCUUUGGACAAAGAGUAACAGAGUUCUCAUUGCUGAUACACAAUUCAAAGUGACUGGAAUUGAAGAGGGCUUGCUGUAUGAAUACAGAGUCUAUGCUGAAAACAUUGCUGGUAUUGGAAAGUGCAGUAAUGCCUCUGAGGCUGUUGCUGCAAGAGAUCCAUGUGAUCCUCCCGGUCAACCUACAGUAACAGACAUCACAAGAACAUCUGUUUCUCUGUCUUGGACAAAGCCAGAAUAUGAUGGUGGAGCUAAAGUCACUGGUUACAUAAUAGAAUGUAGGGAACUUCCAGAUGGUCGUUGGCUGAAGUGCAAUUUUACAAAUAUUCAAGAAACAUCCUUUGAAAUAACAGGUCUUACAGAAGAUCAGCGAUAUGAGUUCCAUGUCAUUGCAAAGAAUGCUGCUGGUUUGUCUAGUCAGCCAUCUGAAAGCACAGGCCCUGUCACAGUUAAAGAUGAUGUUGAUCCACCACGAAUAAUGAUGGAUGACAAGUUCCGACAAUUACUAGUAAUCAAAGCUGGAGAUUUAUUGAAAAUUGAUGCAGAUAUUGCAGGUCGUCCCCAUCCAGUUGUUUCAUGGUCCAAAGAUGGUAAGGAGAUUGAGGCUAAAGCUAGAGUUGAGAUUUUCUCAAGUGACACCAGCACCACGUUAACCGUCCGAGACUGUAUGAGAAAAGAUUCUGGACAGUAUGUUUUGACUCUACAGAAUGUUGCAGGAACAAGAUCAUUAGCAGUAAAUUGCAAGGUCCUUGAUAGGCCAGGUCCAUCAGCUGGACCACUGGGGGUAACUGGUCUCACAGCAGAAAAAUGUACAUUGACUUGGGGACCACCUCAAGAAAAUGGUGGGGCAGAAAUCUCACACUAUAUCGUUGAGAAACGUGAAACAAGUCGCCUUGCCUGGACGCUUGUAUAUGGAGACAUGAAAGCAACAACAUGUAAGGUUACUAAGCUACUCAAAGGGAAUGAAUAUAUAUUCAGAGUUCUAGGUGUGAAUAAAUAUGGUGUUGGUGAAGCCCUCGAGAGUGAUCCUGUCAAAGCCCUGGAUCCAUUCACAGUCCCAGCUGCACCCACAGAUGUUGAAGUUACCAGUAUGACAGCUCAAGCAAUGACAAUCUGUUGGGAAAGACCAACCAGUGAUGGAGGCAGUGAUAUUUGUGGCUAUGUUAUUGAAAAACGUGAGAAGACAGGUCUGCGCUGGGUUCGUGUGAACAAAAAACCUGUUUAUGACCUCAGGGUUAAAGCAUCAAAUCUCCGCGAAGGAUGUGAGUAUGAGUACCGUGUUUAUGCAGAAAAUGCAGCUGGAUUAAGUCGUCCAAGUGAGCCUUGCCCUCUAGCUAAAGCAGAAGACCCAGUGUUCCUACCAUCCCCACCUGCUAAACCAAAGAUAAUUGAUUCAACUAAGGGCUCAAUCACUCUUGCCUGGAACAAGCCAUUGUUUGAUGGUGGUUCCCCAGUCACUGGAUAUAGUGUUGAAUACCAAAACACAAAGGAUGAAGAUUGGGCGGUGGCAGUCCAUAAUACAAAGAACACAGAGUUCACUGUUGUUGGACUAACAUCUGGAGCAGAAUACGUGCUUGCAGUUAGGUCCAUUAACAAGAUUGGUCUUAGUGACCAAAGUCCUGCUUCUGAUCCACAAGUUGCAAAGGAAAGGGAAGAGGAGCCAGUAUUUGAAAUAAGCAAUGAAAUGCGCAAGACACUAAUUGUCAAAGACGGUAGUUCAUUUACCCUGACUGUUCCAUUUAGAGGGAAACCAGUGCCAAAUGUGAUGUGGAAUAAAGCUGAUGUAGAUCUGAGAGUGAGAGCAAGUAUUGAUACAAGAGAUGCUUGCACAUCAAUAACAGUGGAGCAAGCAACAAGAAGUGACUCUGGAAAAUAUACUGUGACAUUACAGAAUGUUGCUGGAAAAUCAACUCUGACCUUAGUUGUCAAAGUUCUGGAUUCCCCAGGCCCCCCCUCUAAUAUUUCCGUUAAGGAUGUCACUAGGAAUUCUGCUGUAGUGACAUGGGAUGCACCAGAAAAUGAAGGUGGUGCACCUGUCAAGAACUACCAUGUUGAUCUUCGUGAAGCAAGCAAAAAAGGAUGGACAAAUAUCACAAGUAAAUGCCACCGCUUAACAUAUAAAUUGACAGACCUUCAAGAAGGAGGAGUAUACUAUUUUAGAAUUACUGGUGAAAAUGAAUAUGGAGUCGGCGUGUCUGCUGACACUAAAGAUGGGACUAAGAUUACAGAAAAGCCAAGUCCUCCCACAAAGUUUGGUGUUACAAACGUGACCAAGGACAGUGUCACAUUAGCAUGGAAUAAACCAGAAUAUGAUGGAGGCAGCAGGGUCACUGCUUAUCUGGUUGAAGCUCUUGAAAAGGGUGAGCAGAAGUGGGUGAAGUGUGGUGUUGUCAAAACCACCCAUCAAUUUGUUGGUGGCCUGAGGGAAAAUGCUGAAUACUUCUUCAGAGUCUUUGCUGAAAACCAUGCUGGUCUCAGUGACCCCAAAGAAAUGAUUUUGCCUGUGGUUGUGAAAGAUCAACUAGAGUCACCUGAAAUUGAUAUGAGGAACUUCCCCCACAAUACAGUGUUUGUCAGAGCAGGAUCAAACCUGAAAUUUGAGAUCCCACUUAGUGGCAAACCUCUACCAAAGGUUUCGCUUUCAAAAGACAAUGUGCCUGUAAAAUCAACAAUGAGAUUCAACUCUGAAGUUACUCCAGUGAGCCUCAUCAUUAACCUCAGUGAGAGUAUUGCUCAUGAUGCUGGCAGAUAUGACAUUACUGCAUCCAAUACAAGUGGAACUACCAAGUCAUUUGUGAACAUCGUGGUACUGGACAGACCAGGGCCUCCUAUUGGUCCUGUUGAGAUCAGUGAUGUCACUGAAGACAGUGUGAAUGUAAAAUGGCUCCCUCCUCUAUAUGAUGGUGGCAGCCCAAUCUCCAACUACAUUGUAAUGAAGCGUGAAACAACCUCUGCUCACUGGAUAGAGGUGUCAUCUGCAGUUGCCAGAAGCACAAUAAAGAUCAUGAAACUGACAACUGGAGAGGAAUAUCAGUUCAGGAUAAGGGCAGAAAAUCGCUUUGGCAUCAGUGAACACAUUGAUUCUCCAACUGUAACAGUAAAAUUACCAUACACAAUCCCCGAAGCUCCAUCAGCACCAUUCAUAACUUCUGUUACAAGAGAGUGCAUUGCUGUAAGCUGGAAGGAGCCUGCAUCAGAUGGAGGAAGUCAUAUCUUUGGAUACCACUUACAGAUGAAAGAUAGAAACAGCAUCCUAUGGCAGAAGGUUAACAAAAAUGUUAUCCGCUCAACACACUUCAAGGUGACAAACAUCUUACCUGGCCUGAUCUACGAGUUCAAGGUGGCAGCAGAAAAUGCAGCUGGAAUUGGCCCAGUCAGCAAAAUAUCUGAUGCCGUACUGGCAAUUGAUUCAUGUGAAUCUCCAGUCAACCUGCGCAUCUCUGACAUCACAAAGAAUUCUAUCUCACUCGCUUGGCAGAAGCCUUCGUAUGAUGGUGGUAGCACGAUAACUGGAUACAAUGUGGAAUAUCGAGAUGCACCAAAUGCUAAAUGGAACAAAGCAAACAUAACAAAUAUUGCAGAAACACAUUUUACAGUAACUGGCUUGACCCAGGAUCAAUCCUAUGAAUUUAGAGUUAUGGCCAAAAAUGCAGUCGGGUCUAUCAGCAACCCAUCUAUUAUUGCUGGACCUGUAACUUGUGUUGAUACCUACGGUGCUCCUGAGAUAGAGCUACCUCAAGAGUAUUUGGAUGUGGUAAAAUUCAAGGCGGGAGAAGCUGUUCAUCUGAAAGUUGGAAUUAUUGCAAAGCCUCUUCCAGCAAUUGAGUGGUACAAAGAUGGAAAGGAAUUGGAAUCCAAUAGUCAACUCUCAAUUGAGAGUACGACAGUUGCCUCUGGCAUUCUCAUCAGGGAUGCUAAUCGUCUGAAUUCUGGAUUAUAUGAAAUUAAAAUAAAAAAUUCUUUGGGCUCAGCAACUGCUUCCUUCAGAGUACAAAUUCUAGACAAACCAGGACCUGCUGGAGCCAUUCUAUUUAAGACAGUCACAGCAGACAAGAUUACCAUAAUGUGGGACCCUCCAGCAGACGAGGGAGGUGCAAUGGUCACCCACUACAUUGUGGAGAAACGUGAAACAAGCAGAGUAUUAUGGUCCAUCAUUUCGGAAAAACUGGAAGAAUGCAUUGCCUCUGUUCAGAGGCUGAUCAAAGGCAAUGAAUAUAUAUUCCGCGUCAGGGGUGUCAACAAAUACGGAGUUGGUGAUCCUAUGGAGUCUGAGCCAGUUAUUGCUAGGAAUGCAUUUGUCAUUCCUGACAAGCCCAGCAAGCCAGAAGUUACAAUGAUUACAAAGUCAACCAUGACAGUGGUCUGGGAGAGGCCAGCUAUUGAUGGCGGCAGUGAUAUUGAUGGAUACUACCUUGAGAAAUGUGAGAAAAAAAGUCUCAGUUGGUUCAGGGUCAUCAAAUAUCCCAUUCGUGACACAAGACAGAAAGUUAGUAACCUUACAGAGGGAAAUGAGUAUCAGUUCCGUGUUUGUGCUAUCAAUAAGGCUGGAAAAGGUGAAUACUCAGACAUUUCUGCGUUCUACAAAGCAGCUGAUCUUAUUGAUCCACCUAGUGAACCUACAAAACUCAAAGUUGUUGACUCAACCAAAACGUCUGUCACGCUUGGAUGGGUAAAACCUGUGUAUGAUGGAGGCAGUGAGAUCACUAGCUAUGUUGUUGAAGAGCGGAUAUCUGGAGAAAGUGAAUGGACAGUGAUUAGCUCCAAGGAUGAAGUGAGAACAACAGAGUAUGUUGUGUCAUACCUCAAACCAGGAGUCUACUAUUUCUUCCGAGUAUCUGCUGUGAACAGUAUUGGACAAGGACGACCAAUUGAGAUGGCUCAGCCUGUACAAGCUAAAGAUAUUCUAGAGGAGGCUGAUGUUGAUCUUGAUGUCACCAUGAAAACUCAGUAUACAAUCAAGGCAGGAAAGGAUCUGGUCAUUAUGAUUCCACUGAAGGGUAGACCAGCACCAAAUGUCACCUGGAGAAAGGGAGACAAGAAUAUUGCCAAUGAUCCAAAAUAUAGCAUUAAAAACACAGAAUCUACAACAGUUCUUGUCAUUCCAAAGGUCACCCGUGAUGACAGUGGAAAAUAUCUUCUUGAGAUUGAAAAUGGUGUUGGGGAGCCAAAGACAAUCACAGUGUCUGUGAAAGUGCUUGACACUCCAUCUGCUUGUCAGAAAUUGUUGAUUAAGAAUGUCACUCGUGGCAAAUUAACUCUGAGUUGGGAUGCACCUCAUAUUGAUGGAGGUUCAGAAAUAACUAAUUACAUAAUUGAAAAGAGGGAUGCUACAAAGAAAUCCUAUGCUAUUGUGACUAAUGAGUGUUCCAACACAGCAUAUAAAAUUGACAAUCUGUCUGAGGAUGUAUGCUACUUUUUCCGGGUUUCAGCUGAGAAUGAAAAUGGUGUUGGUGAUCCAGGUGAAACAGAAGAGCCUGUCAGGGCAACUGAAACACCUGGUCCUGUUAAAGAUCUUUCCGUGAAGGACUCCACUAAAACAUCAGUAACACUACAGUGGACAAAGCCUGAUUAUGAUGGUGGCAGUCAUAUCUCAGACUAUGUCAUACAGAAAAAAGAUGAAGAUGAAGAAGUAUGGACACUUGCUGGUACCUGUAAACGUUGUCACUAUGAGGUCACAAACCUCAAGGAAUUUGCAGUUAUGGAUUUCAGAGUAUCUUCUAAGAAUGAAAAGGGGGAGAGUGACUUCUCACAAAUUGGACCUAUCACAGUGAUGGACUUAAUUAUUCCACCUGAAGCAAAGCUUACAGAUUACCCUGGGGGUGAAAUCUUUGUACGAAUUGGACAGAAUUUAAACAUUGAGUUACCAUUCAAAGGUAAACCAAAACCAACUAUCCAAUGGCUGAAAGAUAAUGAGCUACUGCAAGAAAACGAACAGAUACGCUUUGGGUUAACUGAAAACAAAGUUGCUCUUAUAAUCAGAAAUGUAAGAAAAGAUAAUGCAGGGAAAUACACGUUGACACUUGACAACAAACUCGGCAAAAAUUCAUUUGAUUUACAAGUUAGAACUCUUGGACCACCCUCCAAACCAGUUGGGCCAAUUAGCUUUGAUGAAAUCAAAGCAGAGAGUAUAAUAAUAUCUUGGAAGGAACCAACUGAUGAUGGAGGUGGAGAAAUCACUUGUUACAGUGUGGAGAAACGUGAAACAUCUCUAGCAACAUGGAAGCUGGUUUGCUCAAGUGUAGUAAGAACAAGCUUCAAGAUACCCAACUUAAAUAAAGGGACAGAAUACCAAUUUAGAGUACGUGCAGAAAACAAAUAUGGAGUAAGUGAGCCUCUGAAUUCAAAAGAUAUGGUUGCUCAGCACCAGUACAAACCUCCAGGUCCACCAGGAAAGCCUGUUGUCUACAAUGUCAUCAGUGAUGGCAUGACAAUUCAGUGGGAAGCACCAGCUUUUGAUGGUGGCUCCCCAAUCACUGGCUUCCAUGUUGAAAAGAAGGACAGAAACAGCCUUCUGUGGACUAAAGUAAAUACCUCACCAAUUUCUGGAAGAGAAUACAGAGUCACUGGUCUCAUUGAAGGACUGGAAUAUCAGUUCAGAGUAUAUGCACAAAAUAAUGCUGGCUUAAGCUGUGUCAGUGAAGCAAGUAAAUGCAUACUGGCUAUAUCUCCAGUUGAUCCACCUGGUACACCUGACUGCAUUGAUGUAACAAGAGAAUCAGUUUCACUCAAAUGGGAUCCACCGAAGCGUGAUGGAGGCAGCAAAAUUGUGGCGUACAGUGUGGAGAGGCGCCAAGGAAGAGGCAAAUGGUUGAGAUGCAACUUCAUUGAUGUUACUGAAUGCCAAUACACAGUGACAGGACUUUCACCUGGUGAUCGCUUUGAAUUCAGAGUGAUAGCCAGAAAUGCUGUUGGCACAAUUAGUUCACCUUCCCAGUCCUCUGGCUACAUCAUGACUAGAGAUGAAAGUGUUUCUCCAAGCAUUGAGUUUAUUGGGGAGAAAAGUAUAACAGUGAAAGCUGGAGAAAAUGUCAGUGUUAAUGCCAUUAUCAAAGGACGGCCUGUGCCUCAAGUCACAUGGUUUAAGGAUGGAUUGGAAAUUGACAAGAAGAUGAUGAUGGACAUCACUACAGCAAUUGGAUCAAGUACAGUAUUCAUCAGAGAUGUGAACCGUAAUCACCGUGGUUUAUAUACUGUAGAAGCGAAGAACAGCUCAGGAACCAAGAAGGAGGAUAUUCUUGUCAGAGUUCAUGAUACACCUGGGCCACCUGAUGGACCAAUUCGUUUCACAAAUAUCUCAGCUGAGAAAGCAACGAUCUGGUUUAAUCCACCUGAAAAUGAUGGAUGUGCUGCCAUCACCCAUUAUGUGAUUGAAAAAAGAGCGACCUCCAGAAUUAGCUGGGCACUUGUCACAGAUAAAUGUGAAGCUUGCUCUUUUAAUGCAACAAGACUUAUCAAGGGCAAUGAGUACCAGUUCCGUGUUUCUGCUGUUAACAAAUUUGGUGUUGGCAAACCACUGGACUCUGAUCCCAUUGUUGCAGAGAUGCAGUUCACUGUGCCAGAUGCACCUGGGACACCAGAUUCCAGUAAUGUCACAGGAGAUAGCAUAACAGUUUGUUGGACAAGACCAAAAUCAGAUGGCGGAAAUGAAAUCAAACAGUAUAUUCUCGAAAGAAGGGAGAAGAAGAGCUUACAUUGGGUAAAGGUAUCAUCAAAGAGGCCCAUCAAUGAGCUUAGAUACAGAGUAACACAUCUCACAGAAGGCAAUGAAUAUGAGUUCCGCGUAAUGGCUGAAAAUGCUGCUGGAAUAGGACCAGCAAGCGGCACAUCAAGACUUUUCAAAUGCAAAGAGCCAACAAGUCCCCCCAGUGCACCUACUGUGGUGAAGGCUAUAGAUUCCACAAAAUCCUCGAUCACUUUGGAAUGGACAAAGCCUGUAUUUGAUGGUGGUUUGGCUAUAAUUGGAUACACCAUUGAGAUGUGCAAGGCAAGACUAGGAGAUUGGCAUAAAGUUAAUAUUGAACCCUGUGUCCACACCAAAUACACAGCAUCUAGUUUGGAAGCAGGUGAAGAAUACAAAUUCAGAGUCUCUGGAGUUAAUGGCGCUGGACAAGGAGAAGCUUCAGAGAUACCUAAUGCAAUACAAGCUGUCGAUAGACUUACAUCACCAGAAAUUGAUAUUGAUGAAACCUUCAAACAGACACACAUUGUAAAGAAUGGAGGUACUGUGUGUCUGCACAUUGCCUUCAAAGGAAAACCAGCACCACUAGCUACAUGGACUAAGGCCGAUGGGGAGCUUGGUGUGAUGGUAGAUAUUAAUACUACAGAAACAAACAGUACCUUAACCAUUGAGAACUGUACUAGGUCUGAUGCAGGGAAGUACACUUUAUCUCUGGAGAACAACAGUGGGCGUAAAUCAAUUACAUUUACAGUAAAGGUGUUGGAUACACCUGGACCACCAGGUCCACAUACCUUCAAAGACGUAACAAAAGGAGCUCUGACUUUGAUGUGGGAUGCACCUGCUAAUGAUGGAGGAGACCGUAUUCAUCACUACAUUGUUGAGAAACGUGAGGCUAGUCGUCUUACUUGGGAGGAAGUUCAUGAUAGAUGCAUUCGUCAAAUCCUGAGAAUAAGUAAUCUUGCAGUAGGAGUAGCAUAUUGCUUCAGAGUCAUUGCCGAAAACCAGUAUGGCAAGGGUGAACCUUAUGAGACAAAAGAGCCAAUCAUAGCCACUGAAGAACCUGCUCCACCAAAGAGACUGGAUGUCAUUGAUACCACAAAUUCUACGGCCACUCUUGCUUGGUUGAAACCUGAACAUGAUGGUGGAAGUCGCAUCACAGGAUACAUUGUUGAAACUAAAGCAACAAGCUCAGAUCACUGGGUUCUUGGAGGCCAUACUAAGUCCCUGAGAAUGAUCAUUGAGGGCUUAUUAGAGAACACAGAAUAUGAAUUCCGUGUCAAAGCUUUGAAUGAUGCUGGCCUCAGUGAACCAAGAGACACCUUUGCCCCUGUCAUCAUUAAAGAGCCCCGUAUUGAGCCAACUGCUGACCUGAGUGGUAUCACCAACCAGCUCAUUACUUGUAAGAUUGGCAAUGCUUUCAGCAUUGAUAUUCCUAUUAGUGGCAGGCCAGCUCCAAAGGUAACAUGGAAACUGGAAGAGAUGAAGCUUAAGGAAACAGACAGAGUAUCAAUCAAGACCACAGUAGAGAGGACCACUUUGACAGUCAAAGACUCCAUGAGAGGUGAUGGUGGUAAAUAUUACCUCACCCUUGAAAACAUUGCAGGAGCCAAGACAUUCACUGUAACAGUCAAUGUUGUUGGCAGACCUGGUGCACCUACUGGACCUGUUGCAAUUUCAUCAGUUACAUCUGAGUCCUGUGUGUUAACAUGGGCUGAACCAGAAGAUGAUGGUGGAACUGAGGUCAGCAACUACAUUGUGGAGAAACGUGAAUCUGGCUCCGCCACUUGGCAAGUUGUGAACUCCAGUGUGAAACGCACAACAAUUAGAGUCACACAUUUGACCAAAUAUAUGGAAUACACGUUCCGUGUCCGUGCUGAAAACCGAUUUGGUGUGAGCAAAUCCAUUGAAUCUCAAUCUGUUGUUGCAGAGCAUCCAUUCGUUCCACCAAGUCAACCAACACGCCCAGAUGUAAUCUCUGUUACUGCAAAUGCAAUGGGUAUUCGGUGGGAGCCUCCAUAUCAUGAUGGAGGCAGCCAGAUCACUGGGUAUUGGAUUGAGAAGAAAGAACGGAAUACCAUCCUAUGGGUGAAGGAGAACAAGAUUCCAUGCAUUGAGUGUCGCUACAAAGUAUCUACACUCAUACCAGGCCUAGAAUAUCAGUUUAGAGUUUAUGCAAUGAAUAUUGCUGGCUUGAGCAAAGCCAGUGAAGCUUCCAGAGCAAUGGUGGCUCAGAAUCCAGUUGACCCCCCUGGUAAACCGGAAGUAACAGAUGUGACAAAAUCCUCAGUAUCAAUCAUGUGGUCUGUACCUAUCAAUGAUGGAGGCAGUGCGAUUGUUGGAUACAUAGUGGAGCGCAAGCCAUUCAGUGAUGUUGAUGAUGAAGGUCGUUGGCUGAAGUGCAACUAUACAACUGUCACAGAGAAUUAUUUUACUAUAAUGUCACUGGGUGAAGGUGAAGUGUAUGAGUUCCGUGUCAUUGCCAAAAAUGGAGCUGGAGUACACAGUAUGCCUUCUGAAUCAACAGGACCUGUCACAUGCAAGGAUGAAUACAGUCCUCCAAAAGCAGAACUUGAUACCACGCUUCUUGGAGAAACUAUCACUAUUAGGGCUGGAUCAGACCUUGUUCUUGAUGCAGCUGUUGGUGGCAAACCUGAACCAACAGUUUUCUGGGCCAAGGGUGAUAAGGAAUUAGAGCUUGGUGAGAAGUACUCUCUCCAAUACACCAGCACACGUGCUAUGGCUAUUAUCAAGUACUGUGAUAGAAAUGACACUGGGAGGUACAUCCUGACAGUAAAGAAUGCCAGUGGAGUCAAGACUACCUCUGUCAAUGUCAAAGUGCUUGAUACACCUGGGCCUUGUGAUGACAAGAUCAAAGUCACUAGAGUGACAGAGGAAAAAUGCACUCUGUCCUGGAAAAUACCUCUGGAGGAUGGUGGAGACCUAGUCUCUCACUACAUUGUUGAGAGGCGUGAAACCAGCAGACUCAACUGGGCAGUAGUUGAAGCUGAAUGCAAGACACUUUCUUGUGUUGCUACUAGGCUGAUAAAGAACAAUGAGUACAUCUUCCGUGUUAGAGGUGUGAACAAGUAUGGACCUGGUGUGCCAUUAGAGUCUGAGCCUGUUAUCGCCAGAAAUGCAUACACAAUCCCAUCACCCCCUGGUGCACCAGAAAUCAUUGCUGUAGGGAAGGAACAUGCCAUUAUUGAAUGGCUGAAGCCUGAAAUUGAUGGUGGAAGUGAAAUAAAAAAUUACCUUGUAGAUAAACGUGAAAAGAAGAGUGUCCGAUGGACAAGAGUGAACAAAGAUUACACCAUAUAUGACACAAGACUUAAGAUCACUGGUCUUCUGGAAGGCAGUGAUUACCAGUUCCGUGUUACAGCUACAAAUGCAGCUGGCAACAGUGAACCAAGUGAAGCAUCUCAAUAUGCCUUCUGUAGAGAUCCAACAUAUACUCCUGCUCCCCCCUCAGUUCCCCGUGUGACAGACACUACCAAGCACAGCAUUAGCCUGGCAUGGACAAGACCAAUGUAUGAUGGUGGAGCUGAUGUGAAUGGAUAUGUUGUUGAGAUGCUAGAGGAGGGAACUGAGCAAUGGUUCCGGGCCCAUCAAAAGCACUUGAAGACCACAGAGUUUGUUGCAAUUGGCCUGGCAAGCCACAAGAAGUAUUGCUUCAGAGUAGCUGCAGUUAAUACCAAUGGCAUGGGUGAAUUCAGUGAGCCCUGCGCAGAAAUGGAACCAGUGGAAAGAAUUGAUAUACCUGAUCUUGAGCUUGCUGAUGACCUGAAGAAGACUGUGUGCUUGAGAGCUGGUGGUACUCUUCGUCUCUUUGUUUCUGUAACCGGAAGACCUAUUCCACUUGUAACCUGGAGCAAACCUGGUGUAGAUCUACAGAGCCGUGGAUAUAUUGAUGUAGCUGAAGGCUACUCUACUCUGACAAUUGAAAAAGUGCACCGCUAUGACGCAGGAAAAUACACAAUUGAGGCAGAGAAUCCAUCUGGAAAGAAGUCUGCCACAAUUAUUGUCAAGAUUUAUGAUACUCCUGGGCCCCCUGGUGCAAUAAAGAUUAAGGAUUAUACGAAGGAAUCUGUUGUAAUUACGUGGGAUGUCCCUAGCAUCGAUGGAGGAGCACCUGUAAACAAUUACAUCAUUGAACAACGUGAAGCAGCCAUGAAAUCCUACAAAAGAGUGACAUCUAAAUGCAAUAAGACAUUGUACAGAAUCACUGGUCUAGAAGAAGGGGCUCUGUACUUCUUCAGGGUCUUGCCAGAAAACAUUUAUGGUGUUGGUGAGCCUAAUGAAACAAGUGAUGCGCUGCUGGUUUGUGAAAUUCCUAUGAUUCCCGAAAAUUUGGAAGUUGUUGAUACAACCAAAUCAACAGUAACACUGAGAUGGGCGAAACCACUUCAUGAUGGUGGAAGCAGACUUACUGGCUACAUCAUUGAAGCCUGUAAAUUUGGAACAGACAGGUGGAUGACAGCAGCCACUUUGAAAUCAACUGUGUUUGAACAUACUAUUGUUUCUCUGAAUGAGUCAGAGGAAUAUCUCUUCAGAAUUAAAGCAGAGAACAGCAGGGGAGUAAGUGAAGCCAGAGAUAUUGUGUCACCUGUAACUAUUCAAGAUCUAAGAGUUCUGCCUCAGAUUGAUCUGGCUGGUAUACCACAGAAGACAGUCAGUAUACCGGCUGGUAGACCAAUUGAACUCCAAAUUCCAUUCAUUGGAAAACCUCAUCCAGUUUGUACUUGGUACUUUGGUGGUGUUGUGAUAAAAGAACAACUUGAUCGGGUCAAGGUAGAGACCAAUGGAAAAUACACCAAGCUAACCGUGCGUGAAACCACAAUUAAUGACACAGGCAACUAUACCCUUGAGGCGAAGAACAUCGCAGGAACUGCAACAGAAAUCAUUAAAGUCAUCAUCCUUGAUAAACCUGGUGUUCCUAUUGGGCCAUUAAGAAUUGAAGAAGUUGACGCAACAUCUGCCACUGUCAGCUGGUGUCCACCAGAAAAGGAUGGAGGUGCUAACAUCAGUGGUUAUGUUGUUGAGCAACGUGAUGCUCACCGCACAGGAUGGCUCCCGGUGUCAGAAUCUGUCACGAGACCCACAUUCAAGUUUACCAGGUUGACUGAGGGAAAUGAAUAUGUGUUCCGCGUUGCUGCAACUAAUCGCUUUGGCAUUGGAUUAUUCUUGCAGUCAGAAGUUGUGGAGUGCAAGAGUGCAAAGACCACACCUGGAGCACCAGGCAGACCUGAUGUGUUCGACAUGUCACAUGAAGGAAUGACGCUCACAUGGACUCCACCAGAAGAAGAUGGUGGUUCCCAGGUGUCUGGAUAUAUUAUUGAGCGCAAGGAAGUCAAAUCUGAUAGAUGGCUGCGCAUUAAUAAGAAUCCAGUAACGAUGACAAGAUAUCGAUCAACUGGUUUGAUUGAGGGUCUGGAAUAUGAGUUUAGAGUAACUGCAAUCAACUCAAGAGGCAAUGGCAAACCUAGCAUGUCCUCUAAACCAGCAGUGGCAAUGGAUCCCAUUGAACCCCCUGGUGUACCACUGAAUCCAAGAGUUACAGAUACCACACGGACAUCAGUGUCACUGGCUUGGAGUCCCCCAGAGGAAGAGGGUGGAUCUCGUAUUAUAGGUUACCUGAUUGAGAUGCAGAAAAUUGAUCAAGUUGAGUGGACCAAAUGCAACACAACACCAACAAAGAUUUGUGAAUACAUUCUGACACAUAUGCCCCAGGGAGCCGAAUACAGAUUCCGUGUCAUGGCAUGCAAUGCUGGGGGACCUGGUGAGCCUGCUGAAAUCCCAGGAGUAGUAAAAGUCAUCGAAAUGCUUGGAUAUCCUGAUUAUGAGCUUGAUGAAAUUUACCAGCAAGACUUAAUUGUCAGACAAGGUGGAGUCAUUAAACUCUCUGUGCCAAUCAAGGGAAAACCAAUUCCCAUCUGUAAAUGGACAAAAGAUGGCCGUGAUGUUUCUCAUAGAGCCAUGAUUGCAACUAGUGAUGAUCUCACAGAGCUUGUGAUCAAGGAAGCUCACAGAGAUGAUACUGGUACCUACGACCUUCUGCUUGAGAACAAGUGUGGCAAGAAGGCUGUAUACAUUAAAGUUAAAGUCAUUGGACGGCCCGAUCCACCUGAAGGUCCGCUUGAAUUUGAUGACAUCCAGGCUCGCUCUGUAAGAGUGAGUUGGAGAGCUCCUUCAGAGGAUGGUGGCUCUGACAUUCUUGGAUACAUGAUUGAGAGGCGAGAGGUUCCUAAGGCAGCCUGGUACACUGUGGGUACAAGAGUUGUUGACACUUCAUUGGUGGUUAAAGGAUUGAAGGAAAAUGUUGAGUACCACUUUAAGGUGACAGCAGAAAACCAAUUUGGCUUCAGCAGAUCUUUGAAAUCAGAUGAAACUGUCACACCAAAGACACCUCUCUGUCCACCAGAGCCUCCAAGCAAUCCACCAGAAAUUAUGGAUGUCACAAAGAAUUCCGUUGCUCUGUCUUGGUCCAGACCUAGAGAUGAUGGAGGCUCUCGUGUUACUGGCUAUUAUGUUGAUCGUAGAGAGGUAUCUACUGAAAAGUGGGUACGUCACAACAAAACGCAUAUAACCACUACAAUGUACACUGUAACUGGACUCAUACCUGACGCAGAAUAUCAGUUCCGUAUAAUCUGCAAAAAUGACAUUGGUCACAGUGAGCCUGGACCUGCAUCUGAUUCUGUUGUAUGCAAGGAUCCAUUUGACAAACCAAGCCAGCCAGGUGAGAUCGAUAUAAUCUCUAUCACCAAAGACUGCAUCACCAUUCAUUGGGAUCGACCAGUCUGUGAUGGUGGAAAGGAAAUCUUGGGAUACUGGAUUGAGUACAGACAAUCUGGUGAAAGUGCCUGGAAGAAAUGCAUCAAGGAGCGUUCAAAAGAUCGUCAGUUUACCAUGGGUGGUCUUAUGGAGGCAACUGAAUAUGAAUUCAGAGUGUUUGCUGAAAAUGAAUCUGGACUCAGCAGGCCACGUAGAACAGCUAUGGGUAUUAAAACCAAAUUGAGUGUUGGAGAAACACCAAGUUUGAAGGAAGAAAUGCAAGAUGUGACCACUAAACUUGGAGAGUCAGGCACACUGAAAUGCCAGAUAAUUGGCAGACCUCUUCCUGAGAUCAAAUGGUACAGAUUUGGCAAGGAACUGAUUCAAAGCCGUAAAUACAAGAUGAGUUCUGAUGGUCGCAACCAUUCACUGACUGUGGCAACAGAUGAACAGGAAGAUGAAGGUCUUUACACAUGCAGAGCAAUCAACGCCGCUGGAGAAAUAGAGACCAGUGGCAAGCUCUUCUUGCAGGCUGCCCCUCAAUUCCACCCAGGAUUCCCAUUGAAAGAAAAAUACUACGCAGGAUGUGGUACAAGCCUACGUCUACAUGUUGUAUAUAUAGGACGUCCGAUACCACAGAUCAUGUGGUUCUAUGGCAAAAAACCACUAAAACCAUCUGAUGGUGUCAUCAUUGAAAACACUGAGAGUUACACCCAUCUUGUCGUAAGAAAUGUGCAGCGCAAGACAAACGCUGGAAAAUAUAAAGUCCAAAUAAGCAACAUUUUUGGCACUGUUGACACUGUACUUAAUGUUGAAAUUCAAGAUAAACCUGCCAUACCCGAAGGACCUAUUGUUGUAGAUACUGUAUUGAAGAGCUCCGUGAUCAUUAGCUGGAAAUCACCAAAAGAUGACGGUGGAUCAAUGAUAACAAACUAUAUAGUGGAGAAGCGUGAAGCAAAGGAAGGCGAGAAAUAUAAUCUGGUAUCAUCAUCAAUCUCUGGUACCUCUUGUAGAGUUCCAAAUCUCAUUGAAAGUGCUGGAUAUUACUUCCGUGUUUCUGCACAAAAUCAAUAUGGCAUCAGUGAGCCACUGGAGAUUCCUUCUGUUGUCAUUAUUAAGAGUCCGUUUGAAAAGCCUGGAGUUCCACAUAAACCAGUUGUUACUGGCGUAACAAAAGAUUCCUGUGUUGUGUCAUGGAAGCCACCCACAAGUGAUGGAGGUGCUAAGAUAAAAAAUUAUUACCUUGAGAAGAGAGAAAAGAAACAGAACAAAUGGAUUGCAGUAACAACUCAUGAAAUACCUGAACCGGUUUUCUCAGUGACAGGCCUUAUUGAAGGAUUUGAAUAUGAAUUCCGUGUCAAGUGUGAAAAUCAAGCAGGAGAGAGUGAAUGGAGUGAAAUAUCAGAACCAAUUAUUCCAAAAUCAGAUGCAGCAAUUCGUCCUCCUGCCUUUAAGGAAGAACUCAGAGAUAUGAGUGUAAAAUACAAGAGCAAUGCUACUUUUGUAUGCAAGGUAACUGGCAAUCCCAAGCCUGUAGUCAAAUGGUACAAGCGUGGCAAAGAAAUUCUUCCUGAUGGACAGAAAAUUAGAGUGCAGGAAUUCAAAGGUGGCUAUUACCAGCUUGUCAUCUCUGCUGCUGAUGAGGAGGAUGCUACAGUGUACCAAAUCAGGGCUACAAACCAGGAAGGAUCUAUUUCAACAACUGUCACACUGGAUGUUGAAGUUCCUGCCAAGAUUCACCUGCCAGCGCAUCUGCAAGGGAUGGGAGCUGUGCAUGCCCUUCGUGGGGAAGUGGUUAGCAUCAAGAUUCCCUUCAGUGGCAAGCCUGAACCAGUAAUCACAUGGCAGAAAGGACAAGAAAUCAUUGACAACAGUGGAUACCAUCAAGUGAUUAUCACAAGAUCAUUCACAUCACUUGUCUUCCCUCAUGGAGUUCAAAGGAAAGAUGGUGGUUACUAUAUAAUUCAUGCCAAAAACAGAUUUGGUGCUGACCAACAGACAAUUGAACUUGAUGUUGCAGAUGUACCUGAUCCACCAAAAGACAUCAAAGUCAGUGAUGUAUCAAGGGAUUCCAUCACUCUUGUCUGGAGUGCUCCUGCUAAUGAUGGUGGGAGUGAAAUUACUAACUACAUUGUGGAAAAGUGUCCCACCACUUCUGAUAGAUGGAUACGUGUUGCCCAGACCCUUGCAACUCAAUACACUGUCAUUAAUCUGUAUGGCAAGACAAAAUACCAGUUCCGUGUUAUUGCUGAAAAUCAGCAUGGACAGAGUGAAGCAUCAAAACCCACAGAGAUUGUGUCAAUGAAGCAGGAUAAAUCCAUAAUCCGAAAUUAUGAUGAAGAAGUUGAUGAAACAAGAGAAAUCUCAACUGAGGAAGUAUCAUUUUCAAGCAUCAAGAAUCUGUCUGCUAAUUACACAAUUUCUGAAGAGCUUGCACGUUCACAUUUUGGUAUUGUUCACCGCUGUAUUGAAAAGAGUUCCAAGAAGACAUUCUUGGCCAAAUUCAUUAAAGUGAAAGGAUCUGAUCAGGAACUGGUGAAUAGAGAAAUUGCAGCAUACAAUGUGGGUCGGCACAAGAACUUGUUGCAACUUCAUCAAUACUUUGAGAGUCUUGAAGAGUUUGCCAUGAUCUAUGAGUUCAUCUCAGGUGUAGACAUAUUUGAACGUCUUGGAACGUCCAACUUUGAGCUCACAGAAUUUGAAAUUGUGAGGUACGUAAGACAGGUGUGUGAUGCUCUGGAGUUUUUGCACAGUAAGGGCUUUGCUCAUUUUGACAUAAGGCCUGACAACAUAGUAUACACUACAAGAAAGAGCACAAACAUCAAGAUCAUUGAGAUGGGCCAAGCAAGAUACCUGACACCUGGAGAUAAUAUAAGAAUUCAGUUCACUGCACCUGAAUAUUGUGCACCUGAAAUCCAUCAGCAUGACAUGGUCAGCACUGUUACCGACAUGUGGUCAGUUGGUGUAUUAGCAUAUGUGCUUCUCAGUGGAUUGAAUCCAUUCGCUGCUGAAUCUAACCAGAAAAUGAUUGAGAAAAUUUCAAAUGCUGAAUACAGUUUUGACUGUGAAGCAUUCAAGGACAUUAGUCUUGAAGCUAUGGACUUUGUGGACCGACUCCUAAUUAAAGAUCGCAAACAUCGUAUGACAGCUUCUGAAGCCUUAGAACAUCCUUGGCUGAAGUUGAAAUCUGAACAUCUCAGCACCAAAGUCAUAAAGACCUUGAGACACCGUAGAUACUACCAGACCUUGAUGAAGAAAGAAUGGAAUGUUGUCAUUUCUUCAGCUCGCAUUGCUUAUGGUGGUGCAUAUAGAAGCCAACGAGGUGUCUCAAUUGGAAAAGUAAAGAUUGGGCCAUCUGCAUAUGGUGUAAAAGCUGGGCAAAUCAUGCAUGGUGUUGCUGAAGAAGGUGGUCAUGUCAAAUUUGUCUGCAACAUUGAGAACUAUGACAGCAGCACAGAGGUAACUUGGUACUGUGGAGUCAGACAACUUCAAGCAAGUGACAAGUAUGAAAUAACCUUCACAGGUGGAGUGGCUAUCAUAUAUGUCAAAGACAUUAACAGCUCAGAUGAUGGUGUCUACAGAUGCAAAGUUGUUAAUGAAUAUGGUGAAGACAGUGCUUACGCAGAGCUCUUUGUGGAAGAAGUCCGAUCAUAUCGUGAGUACUUUAUGGGCAGAACAGUGAAGAAGAUGAAACGCAGAGUAGAAUCAAUAAGACUACUGCAGAGACCACCUGAAUUUACUUUACCCCUAUUCAACCAGACUGCUUAUAUUGGAGAAGAUAUACGCUUUGGUGUUACCAUAACAGUCCAUCCAGAACCAAACGUAAGUUGGUUAAAAUCUGGACAAAGGAUCAACCCAGGGGACAAUGACAGUAAAUAUACAUUCACAAGUGAUAAGGGUCUUUAUCAGCUUGUCAUUCACAAUCUUGAGAAAGAAGAUGAUGCAGAGUAUACUGUUGAAGCCCAUAACAAAUUUGGAGAAGACAGUUGCAAGGCACGUCUCACUGUUAUACCUCACCCCAUCACUGAAGACACACUGAGGCCAAUGUUCAAGCGCCUACUUGCAAAUGCAGAAUGCAAUGAAGGCCAGAGUGCCCGCUUUGAACUGAGAGUGUCAGGAACACCAGCACCUACCCUGAAGUGGGAGAAAGAUGGAAAGCCUUUGGUAUUCAGUCAGAAAGUUGAAGUUAUUCAAGAAGCUGUGGAUUACCAUAUCUUGCAUGUCAGAGAAACUCUUCCCGAAGAUUCUGGUACAUACAGAGUCAUUGCUACCAACUCAGCUGGAGCUGCAAGUUGUCAGGCUACUCUCAAGGUUGAGCGUGUCAGCUAUGCAAAGAGAGAGUAUAAGAGUCAGGAAGAGAAAGAAAGAUAUGUCCAGAAACAAAUUGACAAGACAUAUAAACUGGCUCAGCACUUUUCAACCACAGAAGUUACUUCACUUAACCUUGUGGCACAAGAGGCUUUGAGAGAAGCUUCAGUUCUGUACAUGCCAGCGGUGAGCACAAAGAAUGUGCAAGGUGAAUUUGAUAUUGAAAAAGAAAAACAUGUCAAGAAAAUAAUGGUAGAAGAAAAGAGAAUCCGGAUGCCAUAUGAAAUUCCAGAACCAUCUGUCCAUGCUGCACAUGCUCUUGGGGAAGACAUGACGAUCAAACAUUUUGUGCCACUGUCUGAAAUGAAAUGGUACAAGAAACUUCGUGAUCAAUAUGAAAUGCCAGAGCAUAUGCAGAGGAUUGUACAAAGGCGACAAAAGCGCAUUCGUUUGUCCAGGUGGGAACAGUUUUAUGUUGUGCCUCUUCCAAGAAUCACUGAUCAGUAUAAGCCAAGAUGGCGCAUUCCAAAGAUUUCACUUGAUGAUCUAGAAACAGUAAGACCAGCCCGGCAUCUUACACCUUCUGAAUCUGAAGCCUCUUAUCGAGUGCGAAGAAGGUCCCUGGGUGAUCUCUCAGAUGAAGAUCUGCUCAUUCCUGUGGAGGACUACUUGUCAAUGAAGAGAUCUGAAGAAGAAAAGCUUCAACUUGAAGAAGAACUUGAGCUUGGCUUCUCCGCUUCCCCUACUCGACACUGCCCUAUCUGUUUUGAAUUAGAUACUCUGCGCCAACCAUCACCAAUACAGAUGACAUAUGAAGCUGCGGAAACACAUGCCUCAAGAAAAGAGAAGAAAAGAGAAGAAGUUCAUGUUUCAUCGUCUGAGGAAGUAAUUAAAACAGUUGAACAACGCCGUGCUGCGUCUUCCUCCAUCUCACACUACUUGAGAAGGAGGAGAUCACUAUCUCCCACCUAUAUUGAAUUGAUGCGCCCUGUUUCUGAACUAAUAAGAAAACCACGAGUAUUCCGUACUUCAGAAGUUGAGGAUGAAGCUGUGGAGAGGAGAUCACCAACUCCUGAGAGAACACGUCCACGUUCCCCUAGUCCCGUGUCCACAGAGAGAUCCUCCAGGUCAUCCUCAAGAUUUGAGAGAUCUGCUAGAUUUGAUAUCAUGGCAAGGUAUGAGGCAAGAAAAGCUGCACUGAAAUCUGAAAGGAAGUAUGAGGUUGUGUCUCAGCAGCCCUUUAGUCUUGAUCAUUGCCCACGCAUAACUGUGCGAAUGCGCUCUCACCGUGUUCCAUGUGGUCAAAAUACUAAAUUCACUCUCAAUGUCCAAGCCAAGCCAGAUGCUGAAAUCACAUGGUUCCAUAAUGGUGAGCACAUUCAAGAGAGCAGCAAAUAUCGUUUUACAAAUAUGAGUGGAGUUUUGACCCUCCAAAUUAUUGACUGCCAGGCAGAGGAUAGUGGCACAUACCGCGUUCUCUGCAUAAACUCUAAGGGAGAAGCUUCUGACUACGCUACUUUGGAUGUUUCACGAGGAGAGUAUUCCGCAUUUUCCUCUCGUCGUAGAGAUGAGGAGGUUACCACACCAUUUGUUCCUGACAUAACAAAAACUGAUUUUUACCAUGUGUCUUCCUACAAGAGAGCUUCUUCAUCUGAAACACGCUUAGUGGUUCAAGAAACUAAAUCAGAGCUGACUGAAACACAUGAAACUGCUGUAUAUGAAAAAUAUGCAUCAUCUGAAAAGAAAAUGGAAACUUUAGAAGCCACAGUCGAGGAAGUAACUGUGCAUAAGAAAGUGAAGACCAGUCUUGCGGCCAGAAUACUUACAAAGCCACAGUCACUUACAGUAUCAGAAGGAGAGUCUGCCAGGUUUGCAUGUGACAUUGAUGGUGAGCCAGCCCCCAGUGUUUCUUGGAUGCAUGAAGGAAAAGAAGUUGUCUCUACCCGUCGGCACUUUGUAACUACCACACAGUACAAGUCCACUUUUGAAAUUUCUUCUGUUAAGUCAUCUGAUGAAGGAAGCUACACAGUGGUAGUAGAGAAUCAUGAGGGAAAACAAGAGGCACAGUUCUUUUUAUCUAUCCGUAAAGCAACAACAAAAGAGAAAGUUAUUGCUUCAACACCAAGCAUAAAAUCUCCAGAGCCAAGAGUGAAAUCUCCUGAGGUUACUGCUACAAAGUCACCAGAAUCUCAUGUUAAAUCUCCUGAACCAAAAGUGAAGUCUCCAGAGAUGAAGUCGCCAGAACCAAAAGUGAAAUCUCCAGAGAUGAAGUCGCCAGAACCAACAGUGAAAUCUCCAGAGAUGAAGGCGCCAGAACCAACAGUGAAAUCUCCAGAGAUUAAGUCAUCAGAACCAACAGUGAAAUCUCCAGAGAUUAAGUCGCCAGAACCAAAAGUGAAAUCUCCAGAGAUUAAGUCACCAGAACCAAAAGUGAAAUCUCCAGAGAUAAAGUCGCCCGAACCAAGAGUGAAAUCUCCAGAGAUUAAGUUGCCAGAACCAACAGUGAAAUCUCCAGAGAUUAAAUCUCCAGAACCCAAAUUGAAAUCUCCAGAGAUUAAGUCACCAGAACCAAAAGUGAAAUCUCCAGAGAUUAAAUCUCCAGAACCCAAAUUGAAAUCUCCAGAGAUUAAAUCUCCUGAACCCAGAGUGAAAUCGCCAGAGAUUAAAUCUCCUGAACCCAGAGUGAAAUCUCCAGAGCCCAGAGUGAAAUCUCCAGAGCCCAGAGUGAAAUCUCCAGAGCCCAGAGUAAAAUCUCCAGAGCCCAGAAUGAAAUCUCCUGAGCCCAGACUGAAAUCUCCAGAGGUCACAGAACCCCGUGUCAAGUCACCUGAGGGAAUCAAAUCUCCAAAGAAAAUUAAGUCUCCUGAGCCAGUCACCUCACCCCAACGGGUUAAAUCACCAACACCAGUCAAGUCACCCACUUCUCAGAAAGUGGAUAUGCCUCCAAAGAUUGUUCAUCAACUCAAGGUGGAAGCCUGUGAAGAUAAAGUGAAGAUGUUCUGUGUGGCUGAAAGCAGAGUGAAAGAAGCCGUAUGGUACAAGGAUGGAAGAAGACUUACACAGAGUAGUUGUCGUUCUUUCCAUAGUGCUGCUGAUGGCACAUGCAGUCUCAUUAUCCAGGAACUAAAUGAGAAAGACCAGGGUGAAUAUUCCUGUGAAAUCAUUGCAGAAGGUGGGAUUUCAAGAACAUCAUUUUCAUUUGUUGGCCAAGUCUAUCAAAUAAUUUUUCAAAAGAUUAAAACUUCACUGGAGUCAAAGACAGCUGUCCACAAACUGGCGAUGCAGUCAUCCUCCCAACAAACUGCAAAAAAGGAAAUGGUUCAGGAAGAAUCUGCAAAAAUGGUACUUAUGGAGAAAAGUGCAGCUACUGCCAGUAUGCAUGGAAGUUUCUCUGCUAUGGCAGCCCACAUGACUUCCUCAGUACAAGAAGCUUCCUUCAGCAGUUCCAGUACAAGUGAAGUAAAAAUGUCAAGCAUGUCUGCAGCUAGUAUGUCUUCCAUGACAUCUGAAUCAUUAUUAAGCAUGAGCUCCAGCAGCAGUAGCAUGAUGGAAAUGGCGAGUCAUUCACAAAUCGAGGGGUCUUCUAUGAGAGGCAUUACUCAUCGUAUUCAAGGUACGCCACCAAAAAUUGAAGCUCUCCCAGAAGACAUCAGCAUUGAGAAAGGAAAGGUUCUUACAGUAGCCUGUGCUUUCUCUGGGGAGCCAGAACCAGAGAUUGAGUGGACACAUUCAGGGAGGAAGCUGCCUGGUGAAGGGGGAAGUGAUCGGUUCCACAUUGAGACCACAGAGGACCUCACAACCCUCAUAAUCACCAAUGUGAAAGAAAAUGAUGCUGGAGUCUAUACCCUCAAACUGUCCAAUGAGCUGGGAUCUGACACUGCAAUGGUUAACAUCAGCAUUCGGUUAAUGUAAAAAAAAAUAAUUAUAUUCUACCCCUUUCCCUCCUUCAGUGCAUUUUUAUUUGCUAAAAUACUCUACAUAAUAGAGACAGAGUUCUGUUCUUGUAAAUAUGAACUAUUUUUAUACCAAACUUGACAUUCAUUUAUGCCAAACUAGACAAAAGUCUAAAAGUUGUUAUAAAAUGUGCCAUAUUGGAUAAUUUUGACUUAGGAUUUUUGAUCCAUUUUUCUGUGACAUGUACAUAAUGUAUAUAGCCGAAUUUACCGGUUAUGGAAAAUGUAUGCAUUGUUAUUUGAGACAAUAUUAACUGAAACAAAUGAAACUAAAUGUUUAUCAGGAGAAAGUUUCACAUGAAACGAAUACCCUGAAAAACCUGAAACAAAACUAUGUGCCUCAACAAUAAGUUGAAGUCUUAAGAUUGCCUCAACAGGUAGAGAGGCUCCCUGUUGAAGUUUUACUAUAUUUGAGAGACAAUGUUAUGCACUGUACAUUUGUAUGUGCAUUAAUAUUACCAUACUCAUAUGAAUUGUUACAUGAGCAUAAGACCAUGCGUGCUGUUUGCAUUUACCCUCAUGUAAGCUGCACAAUUAGGUCUUGUGUUCAGACUGACUAUGUCAUACUACUAUUUUAUUGACAUGCUCAAAGUGCGAGCGGCCUGUACUUUGGCAACUAUUUAUUUUAUGUGCACUAUUACUGGCAAAGGACUACUUGAAUUUGAUUUUUUUUUUAUAACAUCACCUGGCCAUUAUCUUCUGUAAGUCAUUCAAGUACUUCUUUGCAGAAACAGUGCCAGUUCUGGGAGGACUGCUUGGGUGCAUUGUGUUUGAGUGUGUCUGUGUGUUAGAUUAGGAUUUCACUUGUCAGUAGUCUGGGCAGCAAUAAAGUAUGUGAACCACAGUGACAACACCUGCUGUGCUAAAGAAUCAAUUGCAUAAAUUGCAUGCCCUGCACUUUGGUUUUAUUGAAAUUAUAACUGUAGCAUUACCUAUAUAUGCAGCCUCCUUGAAAUUUAUUAAUUACUGUUUUAAUAAAGCAUGAUUUAAGCACCUCAAAA